GUGGUACAGAGACACUCACGAACUACGCUCGGACGAAAAGUUCACGAUUGAAACUAAAGAUGGCAGAUACAUUUUGCGCAUCAAGAAUCCAGAGGUCACCGAUGUCAGUCAGUACAACAUCAAAUGCAACAAAGUGACGUCUGCUGCACGACUCGUCGUAAUCGUUGCGCCCAAGAUUAAGAAAGAAUUCAUGCAAGAUAUUAAGAUGAAAACAACACAAACAUUAUCAUUCGAAGUGCCCAUCAGUGGUGUACCAGCCCCGACUGCUACCUGGAAAGUGGGUGACAAGGUUGUCAAGUCAAAGGGCAGGUUCAAGAUAGAGACGACAGAGAAGUUAGCAAAAUUGACAGUUAAGAAUACAGAACAGGAGGACAGAGGAGAAUACACAUUGGAAGUGAAGAACGAAGCAGGCAGUGACUCGCACACUGUUGCAGUUACCAUGCUAAGUAAGCUACCUGCAGCAACAUUUGCGGUUAAGUGGUACAGAGACACUCACGAACUACGCUCGGACGACAAGUUCACGAUUGAAACUAAAGAUGGCAGAUACAUUUUGCGCAUCAAGAAUCCAGAGGUCACCGAUGUCAGUCAGUACAACAUCAAAUGUAACAAAGUGACGUCUGCUGCACGACUCGCCGUAAUCGUUGCGCCCAAGAUUAAGAAAGAAUUCAUGCAAGAUAUUAAGAUGAAAACAACACAAACAUUAUCAUUCGAAGUGCCCAUCAGUGGUGUACCAGCCCCGACUGCUACCUGGAAAGUGGGUGACAAGGUUGUCAAGUCAAAGGGCAGGUUCAAGAUAGAGACGACAGAGAAGUUAGCAAAAUUGACAGUUAAGAAUACAGAACAAGAGGACAGAGGAGAAUACACAUUGGAAGUGAAGAACGAAGCAGGCAGUGACUCGCACACUGUUGCAGUUACCAUGCUAACCAAACCAGGGCCACCCGAGUCGCUACAGGUGAAUGACAUUACGAAGAACAGCUGUGAGCUGUCGUGGGACGAACCGACAGACAACGGUGGUUCUAAUAUCACGCACUACAUCGUCGAGAAGAAGGACUUGCGCGAAGGCACCUGGAAGGGUGUAGAGGAGCCACAGGAAACGUCCGUCAAGGUAACGAGACUCGCUAACAAGAAAGAGUACAAGUUCCGAGUGAGAGCCGUCAACAGGCAGGGAGAAUCCGACUGGGUCAUUACCAAGGAGAUGGUUGCUAAGAACCCAUUCGACGUCCCCGAUGCUCCAGCGGCACCCACUAUUGUUGAUUUCGAUAUAAACUUCGUGGACCUAAGCUGGACACCACCGGACAGUGAUGGUGGCGCCCCUAUUGAGCAAUAUAUCAUUGAACAGAAGGACAAAUACAGCUCCAACUGGGUUGAAUCCAAGAGAGUGCCUGCUGAUACACUGAAGUGUACUGUAAAGGAUUUGAUGGAAAAGGUGGAAUACGAAUUCCGUAUUCGCGCAGUGAACGAGGAAGGCGCCAGCAAGCCUAGCCCUCCAUCGGCGCCUGUACUCUCGAAGGCCAAAAAUGUGCCACCUAAGAUUGAUAAGGCCAGUGUACGCGACCUCAAGGUCAAGGCUGGUCAGCCAAUCGCGUUUAACCUUCGUUUCACCGGCGAGCCAGCACCGACACCGGACUGGACGUUCGCCGGGAAGCCACUGAAGAGUAGCGAUGUCGUUGAGAUGGAAAACACGGAGUCGACCUCAAAGGUCACGAUCGCGUCCUCGCGCAGGCAAGAUGGCGGCGCCUACACACUGACAGUGAAGAACGCAUCAGGGAAAGACAGCGUCACAAUUAACGUCGAGGUCUUAGAUAAGCCGGGUUCUCCCGAAAACUUACAAGUUGCCGAUGUCACAAAGGAGUCUUGCACACUGAAAUGGAUUAAACCAAAAGAGGAUGGUGGGUCUGCAAUAACGCAGUACAUCAUUGAAAGGUGCGACGUGGAGACAGGACAUUGGCAAGAAGUUGGGAAGAAAUCUGAGACAACUAUAAAGGUGACAAAGCUAACAGCCGGACAUAAAUACCACUUCCGCGUGGUGGCAGAGAACAGCAUUGGCGAGUCUGAACCCACUCAGACCGCUGAGCCAACCCUUGCCAAGAAUCCAUUUGACGAGCCCAGCGCCCCCGGACGACCAGAGGUUACCGACUGGAACAGCGACCACGCCGACCUAAAGUGGACGAAACCCGAGAGCGACGGUGGCUCCCCGAUACUGAAAUACGUCAUCGAGAUACGAGACAACAAGAUGCGCGAAUGGUCGGAGGCGGGAACGAGCGAGAAGCUGACGUACACGGCCGGUCGGCUGCGGCAGGGCGUUGAGUAUCAGUUCAGGAUCGUUGCCGUGAACAAGGCGGGCCCCAGCGAGCCUAGUGAGCCGUCACAGCCAAUGGUCGCCAAGCCUAGAUUCGUUGCGCCGAAACUGGAUAUAUCGGGUCUGAGAGACCUCAAGCUCAAAGCUGGUCAGCCUUUUGAAUUAAAUGUCGGUUUGUCCGGCGAACCUACUCCAGAACUGAAAUGGACAAAGGCAGGAGAGCCUGUGGAAUCUUCCACCAGAUGUGUGGUAACCACAACCGAGACGAGCAGUCAGAUAAUGGUGAGCUCUGCCGAGCGCUCGGACACGGCCGAGUACACGGUCAGCGUACGCAAUGACCACGGCAAAGAUUCGGCAUCUUGUAAAGUCACCGUCACAGAUCGACCAGGCCCACCGGAGGGUCCUCUCACCAUCGCCGACACGACAAAGGAGAGCUGCGCGUUGUCGUGGAAGCCGCCGAAGGACGACGGAGGCAUGGAGAUUCUCUCGUACACCGUCGAGCGACGCGACACGACGCAGAAGCGCUGGGAGAGCCUGAGCGGCUUCGUGGCUGCGACGGGCUUCACGGCCGGCAAGCUGACGCAGGGACACGAGUACGUGUUCCGCGUCAUGGCCGAGAAUCAGAACGGACUCUCCGACGCGCUCGAGUCGCAGCCGAUCGUCGCCAAGGACGCGUUCGACGAGCCGCGUGCGCCGGGUCGUCCAGAGGUCAUCGAAUGUGACAACGAACAUAUAGAGAUCGAGUGGACAGCACCGGAGGAUGACGGAGGCAGUCCCAUUACUGGAUAUGACGUCGAAAGGAAAUCGAAAACUUCGGACGACUGGGUCGUCGUCAGUAAAAAGCCCGUUAAGGCGCUGGCCUUUAACGACAAGACAGUGAUCGCGAACAACGAGUACCAGUACAGAGUGGUGGCACUCAACGCAGCAGGUUCGAGUCCCGCUAGCCAGCCGUCACAGCUGUCCACCGCCAAGCCACCGUUCACCGUGCCUGGUAAACCGGGUGCGCCCGUACCUGAGGAUUGGGAUGCGAGCCAUGCCGACCUGACGUGGACAGCGCCCAAAGACGACGGUGGCUCCCCUAUUACGGGCUAUAUCGUCGAAAGAAAAACUAAAUUUAGUACUAACUGGUUGAAGACUAUGUACGUGCGAGGUGACGUGCUGCAGACGACUGUGGAAGAGAUGGUCGAAGGAGACGAGUACACGUUCCGCGUGAAGGCCCUCAACGAGGCAGGGCCAGGCGAACCAAGCGAGCCAUCGGCAACGCCCAUCGUCGCCAAGCCAAGAUUCGUCGCUCCAAAGCUCGAUAAGUUGGCACUACAAGAUGUCACCGUGAAGGUAGGACAGACUGUCGAAUACGAAGUCACUAUUAGCGGAGACCCGUUCCCCGAAGCCAUCUGGACAAUCAACGAGGUACCGCCAGGGAAUCAUGUCGUUACCAAGACAACCGACAAGAAGAGUCACCUGGUGGUCAAACAUGCCGAGAGGUCCGACAGUGGACUCUACAGUCUCACCGUACAGAACAAAAGUGGCAAAGAAUCUGCAUCGGCCACAGUUCUUGUUCAAGACAAACCGUCGCAGCCGAAGCCGCCGGUAGCCGUGUCAAAGGUAAGCUGCAAUAGCCUCGUUCUCACCUGGAAGCCGCCAGCAGACGACGGCGGCUCCAAGGUCACGCACUACGUCGUCGAAAAGGUCAAUCUGACGAAGGGCGGCGACUGGCUCAUCUUGGAGGAGGUGAAGGAUACGACGCUCGCCGUGACGAAGCUGACGAAAAAGAACGAGUACCAGUUCCGCGUGAAGGCUGUCAACAAGCUCGGAGAGUCGCCGGCGACCAAGUCCGACGUCGUCGUCGCUAAGGACCCCUUCGACGAACCCGGUAAGCCAGGAACACCGGAAGUGAUGGACUGGGACAAGGACCAUGUCGACCUAUCCUGGAAGCCACCGGCAUCCGACGGCGGAUCGCCAAUCACUGGCUAUAUCAUUGAGCAAAAGGACAAAUACAGCAUGUCGUGGGAGACGACGCUAGAAGUGCCAGACUCGACCACGGCGACUGUUCCUGGACUGAUGGAGGGCAGCGAGUACGAGUUCAGAGUGCGGGCAGUCAACAAAGCCGGUGCAGGCGAACCGAGCGAUGAGACAAAACCACUGAAACUAAAGCAGCGAUAUCACAAACCAGGACCGCCGAUUGCACCGCUGACCGUGUCCGACGUCGGCAAGGACUCGUGCAUGCUUACCUGGAAGGCUCCAGAAGACAACGGCGGCUCGGAGAUCUUCCACUACAUCAUCGAAAAGAUGGAGACGAGCCGCGGCACGUGGUCCGAGGCAACGCAGCGGGCAGAGCUGAGCGCCAAGGUGACGAAGCUGAUCGAAGGCAAGGAGUACAUGUUCCGCGUGAAGGCCGUCAACGCUCAGGGAGAGUCGGAGCCACUCGAGACGGAGAAGCCCGUCACUAUCAAGCUGCCGUACGAUGUUCCCGAUAAGCCUGACACCCCAGAGGUGCAGGAGUGGGACAGUACCCACGCCGACCUAGUGUGGGAACGACCUGUCAGUGACGGGGGCACCCCAAUCAUUAAAUAUGUCAUAGAGAAACGCGACAGCGUGUCCGCCAGUUGGGCGGAGGUCGAGGAAACCAGCGGCGAUAAGUGUCGGUGCACGGUCACUGGUCUGAGUAUGGGUAAGGAGUACCAGUUCCGCGUUAUUGCCGUCAACAAGGCCGGCAAUAGCCAGCCCAGCGAACCGUCAAAGUCCUUCAAGGCUAAGCCAAGAUUUGUCGCGCCGAAAAUCGGAGCCGAUUUGCCGAGCGAGUUGCGUGUGAAGGCAGGACAGCAGGUGGCGCUGGAAGCGAGCAUCGUAGGCGAGCCGACGCCCGAGGUGAAAUGGAACGUCGAUGGCAAGGAGCUGAAGGCUAGCAAGAGAGUCGUGUUAACUACCACAGAAGACCACGCUGCAGUUAAUAUCAAGGAAUCACAGCGUGCCGACUCCGGUGCCUACACGCUGACUAUUACCAACGAAUCAGGCAGAGACACUGCUACAUGCAACGUCAUCGUGACUGACAAGCCGGGACCUCCGGAAGGACCACUAGAUGUGUCUAACAUCACUUCAGACAGCUGUACAUUAACAUGGAAACCACCCAAGGAUGACGGAGGCUCGAAAAUCACAUCGUACUGUGUCGAACGGCAAAACGUGAAGAAGAAGCGAUGGACAGCCGUCAACCAGUACUGCUCGGACACCACCGUGGAUGUGAUGAAGUUGACCGAGGGAGAGACCUAUAACUUCCGCGUGUGCGCAGAGAAUCAAAACGGAGUCUCUGAAUUCCUACUCAGUGCGCAGAUCGUGGCGAAGAAUCCGUUCGACGAACCGCUAGCACCAGGCCGGCCAACGGUCAUCGAACAGGAUACCGAUCACAUCAGUAUCAAGUGGACAGCGCCGGAGAGCGACGGGGGAAGCCCGAUCACUGGCUACGAUGUGGAGAGGAAGGACGCGGAUGGGAAGAAGUGGAAGAAGGUUACGAAAAAGCCCGUCUUGGUAGGCAAACCGUUAGAAUUCACAGACACCAGCGUGACCGAGCUCGCUGCCUACGAGUAUAGAGUCAUAGCGCUUAACGUUGCCGGCUGUAGUCCGCCUAGCCACCCAUGCAGGCCAGUGAGUGCCAAGCCCCCAUACGAUGCACCAGGUAAACCGGGCGCACCGGUGGCAGAAGACUGGGACAGGGACCACGCCGACCUCGCAUGGAAGCCACCCGCGUCCGACGGUGGCUCCCCCAUUACCGAUUACGUCAUCGAACAGCGAGAUAAAUUCAGCACAUCUUGGAAUAAGGUUGCGAGAGUAGAGCCAGAGCAGACGAAGACGACAGUACACGGACUGGAAUCCGGACAGGAGUACCAGUUCAGAGUAAUUGCCGUGAACAAGGCUGGGCCGGGAGAGCCCAGCGAUGCCUCUGAACCACUCCUAGCGAAGGCCCGCCGAGUUCCGCCUAAGAUCAACAAGGCUGCGCUGACUGACAUCAAAGUGAAGGCAGGUGCCAAGUUUGAAUUUGAAGCACCGUUCGUUGGCGAGCCGACGCCAGAUGUCACUUGGACCUUGCAGGACAAGAAGCUGAAGACUACCGACAGAAUCACGAUCACAAACACGGACAAGGACGCUAGGCUGGUGUGUGCGGAGUCAGUCAGAAGCGACGCCGGCCCUUACACACUGACCCUGAAGAACGAAUUCGGAGAGGACAGCGCAACCGCGGCUGUUUUGGUAGUAGACCGCCCAGGUGUGCCAAGGUCGUUAGAGGUCGACGAUGUCACCAAGGAGACCGCCACGCUCUCAUGGAAAGAACCAUCAGACGACGGAGGAUCCAGAAUCACGCAUUAUACAAUGGAGAAGAUGGAUCUAGCGAAGGGCAACUGGGAGCCGGCUGAACAGACGUCAGAGAUGACAGUGUCACUGAGCAAGCUGGUUCACGCUCAUCAGUACAGGUUUAGAGUGAAGGCCGUCAACAAGUAUGGCGACUCAGAACCGCUAGCAACCAAGGAUGCCAUCACUGCGAAGAAUCCGUUCGAUGCACCGGGUAAACCAGAUGCGCCCGUAGUGACGGACUGGGAUAAGCACCACAUGGACGUCACGUGGAAACCGCCCAAGAAGGAUGGUGGCUCCACUAUUACUAGUUAUAUACUGGAGCAGAAAGACACGUUUAGCUUGUGGGAUCAGGCGUUGGAAGCCCCCGGAGAUCAGCUGAAGGCGACAGUACCCGACCUAACUGAAGGCAAUGAGUAUGUAUUCCGCGUAAUAGCGGUCAACAAGGAAGGCCCCAGUGUCGCUAGUGACCCGUCUACCCCACAAGUGGCCAAGCAACGAUAUGUUCCAGCCUCCAUAAACAGAGUGGGAAUUAAGGAUCAGACGGUGACGGUUGGUAAGAAGAUCGAACUUAACGUUGAGAUCGGUGGCGACCCCGCCCCGGAAGCCGAGUGGCAGCUGAACGGGAAACCAUUAAGGCAGUCCAACAGAGUUGAGGUGGAGGUGACAGCGACUCGCACGCGGGUGACAAUACGGAAGGCAGAGAACAGCGACGCUGGCCAGUACAAGCUGACUGUGAAGAACCAGUCCGGUACAGAAUCAGCUGCAGCCAAGAUUACUGUCAUUGGUAAGCCUGGCCCGCCGAAGGCUCCCCUAGUCGUGUGCGACGUGACGAAAGAGAGCUGCACGCUGGAGUGGGAGGUGCCGCUAGAAGACGGCAACUCGCCGAUCACGCACUACGUCGUCGAGAAGAUGGACGUGAAGCGCGGCACGUGGGCCGACGCCGGCGUCGGCAGCACGUCGGCGCUGUACGUCAAGGGCGUCAAGCUCGUCGAGGGAAAGGAGUACAUGUUCCGCGUGAAGGCCGUCAACGUCGUCGGCGAGUCGGAGCCGUUGGAGACGGAGAAGUCGACCGUCGCAAAGAAUCCGUUCGACGAGCCCGACGCCCCUGACGCACCAGAGGUCGUUGACUGGGACGAGAGCCAUGCAGAUCUUGCGUGGAAGCCACCGAAGCACGAUGGUGGCACAUUCAUUACCGAGUACAUAAUCGAGCGCAAGGACAACAAGAGCAUUAACUGGGUCAAGGUGUCCAACGUCGAUGGCGCGACCUUAAAGUUAACAGCUAAGGGACUUACUGAAGGCAAUGAGUACCAGUUCAGAGUAAAGGCAGUGAACAAGGCGGGAACUAGCAAACCCAGCGAGCCCUCUAAGCCAGUCACAAUCAAGGCGAGAAACGUACCUGCUAAGCUCGGCGAAGUUGUUAAGGAAGUACAAAUACGUGUGGGCAAAUUACUAACUAUAACUGCACCUUUCACCGGUGAACCAAAGCCACAGGUCACGUGGGACCACGAUGAGAAGUCUCUGCCUAGCAGCUGUGAGGUGCACACGAGUGAUAAGGACACGAGCCUUAGCAUUAGCAAAUGCAAGCGCAACGAGAGCGGAAUCUAUAAGAUAAGCGUCUCUAACGAAUCCGGCAAGGAUAGCGCCACUAUCAACGUAACAGUCAUCGACAAGCCGCAGCCACCAACUGGUCCGAUUGAAGUCACAAAUAUUGCAAAGGACAGCUGCACUCUUACAUGGAAGCCACCGGCCGAUGAUGGCGGGAGCGAGAUCACAAGCUACACGGUCGAGAAGAAGGAAAAGAACAAGAAGAGCUGGACAUCGGUCAGCAAGCAGGUGAUGGGUCUGACCAUCGAUGCAGACAAGCUCAACGAGAACACGGAGUACGUGUUCAGGGUGUGCGCCGUCAACGUUCACGGAACGUCCGAGCCGCUGGAGACGGUCACGGCAGUUCUCAUCAAGGCACCGUACGUGGAACCGAGGGCCCCGGCAGCUCCCGACGUCAUAGAGGUUGACAUCGACUUUAUCUCAAUCCGAUGGACACUACCUGCCGAGGACGGAGGAAGCCCCAUUACCGGCUACACGGUAGAGAGGAAGGAGAAACAGAGCCGACAGUGGAGCGUUGUCGGCAAAGACGUCAAGGGUUUGGAAUUCAAGGACACUGAGGUUAUGCAGAAGCAGGAAUACGAGUAUCGUAUUAUUGCAAACAACGCAGCAGGGCCCGGUCCAGCCGGCAAUCACUCUAAAGCUGUCAAAGUCAAAGCUAAAUUCGAAAAACCCAAGAUCCACCUGGAAAAGCUGCUGAGCCGAGACAUCAAGGUGAAGGCAGGUCAGACGGUAGAUGUCUCUAUUCCGAUCUCUGGGUCGCCCCAGCCGGACGUGACGUGGGCGCGAGACGGCAAGCCUUUGUCGUCGAGCACUCACCUACAGUUGACGGGCCGAGAGGAGGACGUGCACAUACACAGCCCCGCUGCCCGCAGAGAGGACGCCGGUCCAAUCGAGAUUCAGCUAAAGAACGAGGCAGGGAAGGACACUGGAACCAUUUCUUACAUCGUUCUCGACAAACCUGGUCCCCCGGAAGGUCCUCUAAGGUACGAGGAUGUGGACAGGGGAACUGUUACAUUAGUCUGGAAACCACCAAAGGAUGAUGGUGGUAUGGAAAUACACGGAUAUGUGAUUGAGAAGCAGGAGACAAGCAGUAACAGGUGGACGUCAGUAAGCAGCGGUGUCUCGUUGCUUAAGUACACCGUCAAGGAUCUGGUCGUGAGCGAGAAAUACAGGUUCCGCGUCAGCGCCGAGAACUUCUAUGGAGUAGGCGAACCACUGGAGGGCGCCACCGUCAUGCCGAAGAGUCCGUUCGAUACACCUGGAGCGCCAAGUGCACCCAAGAUCGAAAGCUACAACUCAAUUUCAGCCACUCUAGAAUGGAAACCACCAACCACCGAUGGUGGCAGCCCGGUUAUCGGUUACAUGCUCGAGAAGAGGGACACCUCCGUUAGCAAGUGGUCGGCGGUGAACGUUGAGCCGAUAGAAAAGCUGAAAUACCAAGUGCUGGGACUCAUCGAGAAUUCUGAGUACGAGUUCCGCGUGUCGGCCGUGAACACCGCUGGCACGAGCAAACCAAGCAAGCCAUCGGACAAGGUCGUCAUUCGCGAGCCGAUAGAUCCACCAGACAGUCCGCAGAACUGCACGGUGGAGACCACGACCAAGUCGUCAGUGAGUCUCGUCUGGGAGAAGCCGCGCAGGGAUGGCGGAAGCAAGAUUACAGGAUACAUCGUCGAGAUGAAAAAGAGAGGAGAGGAGCAGUGGAGGCCGGCGACUACACGUCCCGUGUCUGACUGUAAGUUCACGGUGACGGACCUCCCCACGGGCGAUGAGUACAUGUUCCACGUGAUCGCCGAGAAUGCAGCGGGCCGCAGCGACCCAUGCAAGCCAACGCAUCUGGUCACCAUCAAGGAAACUCCCGAAUCACCAAAGCUUAACCGAGACGACCUUAAGGACAUCAAGGUCAAGGCCGGUCAGCCCUUCGAGCUGCUGAUUGGCUUCACGGGUGUACCGGUACCAGAAGUCGCGUGGGACGUCGGCGGCAAGAAGGUCAUCAAGACCGAGAAGCUGACGAUCGAGAAUCGCGACAAUCAGACGCACCUCAUCUGCAAGCGAUCGGAGCGCUCAGACGCCGGCCGCUACGCACUCACGCUGACGAACGAGUCCGGCAAGGACAGCGGAAACUGCGCUGUCAUCGUGCUAGACACGCCGGCCGCGCCCGAGGGCCCGCUAGACGUGAGUGACGUCACUAAAGACAGCUGCAAACUAUCGUGGAAACCACCCAAAGAGGACGGAGGCAGCGAAAUCCUAUCGUACUCGGUCGAGAGGAAAAACACAGCAAAGGCGGACUGGACUGUUGUGAACAACUUUGUGAAGGAUACAAGAUGCAGCGUGGGGAAGCUCACCGAAGGAAGCCAGUACGAAUUCAGAGUGCGUGCAGAGAACAGCGUCGGCUUAUCCGACCCGCUGCUCUCAGAUGUGCCAACCAUCGCCAAGAACCCCUACGAUGAACCGAGAGCCCCAGGUCGUCCCGAUGUCACCGAGACUGAUAGCGAUCACAUCAGCAUCAAGUGGACAGCUCCGGAGAGCGACGGGGGAAGCCCAAUCGCUGGCUACGAUGUGGAGAGGAAGGAGCCAAAGAGUGCGAAAUGGAUCAAACUAAACAAGCAAGCUAUGAAGGAGAUCAUGUACACGGACCACACUGUCACUGAGGGUCGCGAGUACGAGUAUAGAGUUAUAGCCCUCAAUGCUGCAGGACCCAGCCCACCUAGUCAUCCGUCCAAGGCAACCGCCAAACCACCAUACGACGUUCCCAGUCGACCAGGUACACCCGAGAUUGUAUCAUUUGAUGCUGAGUAUGUGACGCUAAAGUGGGAGGCACCUGAAAGCGAUGGCGGAUCGCCCGUCACUGACUACGUGAUUGAACGGAAAGAGAUGUUCAGCACAUACUGGAAUAAGAUCGCUAGAGUCAAGGCUCCUGAAACAGAGGGAACUGUGAAAGACGUAGAGCUAAAAGCUCAAUAUGAGUUCAGGAUCAUUGCAGUAAACAAGGCUGGCCCAAGCGAGCCCAGCUCUAACUCCGUACCUGUAGAGAUCAAGGCGCAAAAUGUUGCUCCAAAGAUAGACAAACACCGCCUGGAAGACCAGAGACUGAAGGUGGGCCAGACGCUUGAGUACGACAUACCGACCAGUGGCGCCCCCACGCCGAUAGUGACAUGGAGCGUCGACGACAAACCGCUGAGCGCCGGCGACAGGGUCACGAUCAAGACGACCGAGAAGAGCAGCAUGCUGAAAAUCCGCGACGUUGAGCGCACGGACGCUGGCAAGGUCACGCUAACGCUGAAGAACGCGUCGGGCACGGACUCGGCAUCUGCCAACGUCACCGUGCUCGGCAAGCCGUCUCCUCCCAGGAACAUCGCCGUUAAGGACAUCACGAAGGAAGCGUGCGUGUUGUCGUGGGAGGAACCCGACGACAACGGCGGCUCUCCGAUCACGCAGUACAGCAUCGAGAUGAUGGAUGUGGGCAAGGCGCGCUGGAGCGACCUUGGUACGACACCGCAGCUCUUCCUUACCGUCACCAAGCUACAGCACAAGCGACAGUACAGCUUCCGCGUGAAGGCGGUCAACCGACAGGGCGAGUCGGAACCGGUGACGACGAAAGAGCCCAUUACGGCGAAGGAUGCCUUCGAUGUUCCGACAAGCCAGGCACGCCGGAGAUCGACGACUGGGACCGCGACCACGUCAACCUGCGCUGGACGGCGCCGCGCAGCGACGGCGGAAAGCCGAUCAGUGGUUACGUCAUCGAGAAGAAGGACAAGUUCAGCGUCAGCUGGAGCGUCUGUAUCGAGGUGGGCGCCGAGCAGACUGCGGCCGUCGUGCGCAACCUGGCGGAGGGCGAGGAGUACGAGUUCCGCGUGCGCGCCGUCAACGAGGCGGGACAGUCGGAGCCGAGCGACGCGUCUCGCGCCGUCACCACUAAAGCGCGCUUCGGAGUACCAGUUCAGAGUGAGAGGCGGUGAAAUUCGAAGGAAGAUCCGCACCGUUUGGAAACAACAGAGCUACGGCGUGCCCAAGAAUCCAUUCGACGAGCCAGGCGCCCCAGGAAAGCCGGAAAUAGAAGAUUGGUCUCAGCAGAAAGCAGAUCUGACGUGGAAGGCACCUGAAUCUGACGGCGGUGCUCCUAUCGAGUCGUAUAUAAUCGAGAAGAAAGAAAGGUCUCAGUGGUCAAAGGCUGGAACGUCAGAGAAAACGAGCUACACGGUUACCGGACUAAAGGAGGGCACAGAGUACGAGUUCAGAGUAAUCGCAGUAAACAAGGCCGGACCUGGUCAGCCAAGUGAGGCCUCGCAGACCAUCACGGCAAAGGAACGUUUCGUGACGCCAUACAUAGAGAAGGUGGCCAUGCGAGACAUGAGAGUGAAGGCAGGCAGUCCCUUCAGGUUCGACGUAAAGGUGGGAGGCGAUCCAGAACCAGAGGUCGUCUGGUACAAGGACGGAGAGCGCGUCUCAUCAUCCGAUCUCGUUGAAAUGAGUGCGAGGGAAAAGAACAUCAGCCUUAUUAACAAAAGAGCGGCAAAGAAUGACGCCGGCCUGUACACAAUCAAGUUAAAGAGUGAGACGGGGCAAGACGAGGCCACGGCUAACGUGACUGUAUUCGACAAGCCUGGAGCACCAGAAGGUCCACUAGAAGUCUCUGACAUCACCAAGGAGAGCUGUGUAUUGACAUGGAAGACGCCGCAAGACGACGGUGGCUCUGAGAUAGUUGCGUACACGGUGGAGCGACGCAACACGAAGAAGGACCGCUGGAGUUCGCUGAGCAACAUGGUGCACAGCAACAGCUACACGGUGUCGCGGCUGCACGAGGGCACCGAGUACGAGUUCCGCGUCUCCGCAGAGAACGCCGUCGGGCUCGGACCUCCACUCAUCUCUGCGCGCAUGGUCGCAAAGAAUCCUUACGCCGCGCCUCACAUUGACAAGUCUGCGCUGAAAGACAUGAAAGUACGAGUGGGGCAGCAGAUCAAUUUCAACGUUCGCAUUGGUGGCGAGCCAGCGCCCGAGGUUGAGUGGACGGCGGAGGGCAAGCCACUGAAGGCAUCGGACAGGACGACGGUCAGUAGCACAGAGACCAUCACCAAGGUGGAAAUCAAGAAGGCGACAAGAACAGAUUCUGGCGCCUACACGCUUACCGUGAAGAACGCCUCUGGCAAGGAAUCGGCAAGCUGCAAAGUCGUGGUUGUGGACGUGCCCAGUCAGCCGCAGGGACCACUAAACGUUAGCAACGUUACCAAGGAGACAGCCAAGCUUUCCUGGAAGGCUCCCGAAGACGACGGAGGCAGCGAGAUAAUCAAAUACAUCGUGUCAAAGAUGGAAACGAGCCGAGGCACGUGGAUGGAGGUCGGAGAGGCGCACAAGCUGGACAUCAGCGUCACUAAGCUGAUACCGAACAAGGAGUACCAGUUCAGAGUGAGAGCGGUGAAUUCGGAAGGAGAGUCCGCACCGUUGGAGACAACAGAGCCUACGCGUGCCAAGAAUCCAUUCGAUGAACCAAGAGCGCCUGGAAGGCCUGACAUCACGGAUCAGGACAAAGAUCAUAUUGACAUUACCUGGGAACCGCCCGCUGAUGACGGAGGCAGCAGCAUCACCGGCUACACUAUUGAGCGGAAAGACAAGGACAAAGACAAAUGGACGAAACUUAAUAAAGAACCCGUUAAGAAGCUGGAAUACACAGAUGAUACAGUCAUUGAUGGGCGCGAAUACGAGUACCGUGUCUGUGCACUGAAUGCGGCUGGAAUUAGUCCUCCCAGCCUGGCCUCGAAGUCGGUGGUCGCAAAACCACCCUUCGACACGCCGGACAAGCCUGGUGUGCCGGAGAUCAUGGAUUAUGACGUCGACUUCGUUGAAUUGUCAUGGACGGCGCCAUCCAAUAAUGGAGGCUCCCCUAUCACCGACUACAUUAUAGAGGCCAAAACUAAGUUCACAACAAUCUGGAGCAAAGUUGCCAAGGUUUCAGGUACCACGAUCCAGACGCGAGUCACAGAUAUAGAGGAGAAAGAGGAGUAUGAGUUCCGCAUCAUCGCUGUCAACAAGGCUGGUCCCGGCGCACCCAGUCAGCCAUCCAAGUCCGUCGUGGUCAAGGCAAGAAAACUGGCGCCAAGAAUAGGUAAGGGCAUUCUGGAAGACCUGAAGCUAAAGACUGGCCAGACGAUUGAAUACGACGUGCCAAUCAGCGGCGAGCCAUUCCCAGACGUUGCUUGGACGUUGAACGGAAAACCACUGAAGCCAAGUGAUAGAACGACUAUUAAGACAUCGGAUAAGGCAACCAGACUAGUGACUAUCAACUCUCAGAGGGAAGACAGCGGAGUCUACUCGCUCACCGUGAGCAAUGCCUCGGGAACAGAUACGGCCUCGGCUGACGUGACCGUCGUCGGCAAGCCGGCUGCUCCCCGUGGUCCACUCGAAGCGUCUGACGUCACGGCCGAGAGCAUGACCAUCAAGUGGAAGAAGCCGGAGGACGACGGUGGCUCCCCCAUCACGCACUAUACCGUCGAGAUCAUGGACUCGAGUAAGGGUACCUGGCGCACCGUGGAGGAGACUGCGGAGUUGACGAUCCUCGUGUCCAAGUUACAGGCGAAACACAGCUACAAGUUCCGCGUGAAGGCUCACAACAAGAUCGGCGUGUCGGAGACUCUCGACAUGAAAGAUUUUGUUGUCGCCAAUAAUCCCUACGACGAGCCAUCAGCUCCCGGAACGCCAGUCAUUGAUGACUGGGAUGUCAACCAUGUCGACAUCAGCUGGACGAAACCGAAGAAGGACGGUGGCGCCCCCAUCACGGGCUACAUUAUCGAAAUCAAGGAUAAGUUUAGCGUGGACUGGACAAAAACGCUGGAGGUACCCGCCGACCAGCUGAAGGCCAGUGUUACUAAUGUCAAGGAAGGACAGGAGUACACCUUCAGGGUGAAAGCCGUCAACAAGGCAGGCCCGGGGGAAGCCAGCGACGCAUCAGCCAUCGUUAUAUGCAAGGCGAGGUUUGUUGGACCGCGCAUUGACAAGUCGGGCCUGCGCGACCAGAAGGUCCGGGCCGGCCAACCGUUCUCCAUAAACAUCAGGUUCACAGGAGAACCGAGCCCAAAAUCUGAGUGGACCAUCAACAAGAAAUCACUUAGAUCGUCCGACAGAACAAAGCUUGACAGUUCAGCUACGUCGGCGAAGGUAGAAAUAAAGAAGACAGUAAAGGAAGAUGCCGGGGCUUACACACUGACUGUGACAAAUGAUUCUGGCAGGGACUCGUGCACAAUCACCAUCACAGUUGUUGAUAAGCCGUCACCGCCGCAGAAGCCGAUCGAGGUCGCAAAGGUGACGGCCAAGAGCUGCAUGCUGUCGUGGACGGAGCCGCAGGAUGACGGCGGUACGGAGAUUCUGCACUACAUUGUCGAGAAGAUGGACGUCAGUCGCAACACGUGGAUAGAAGUCGGCAUCAGUCACGCCAUCACGAUCAAGGUGGAGAACCUGACAGCUAACAAGGAGUACCACUUCAGAGUGAAGGCAGUGAAUUCAGAGGGAGAAUCCUCUCCUCUGCAGACCGAGAAGCCAACUCUUGCCAAAAACCCAUACGAUGUACCAGACGCCCCUCAGGACGUUAAGGUCGUUGAUUGGGACGAGAGCAGUGUCAAUAUUAAGUGGAGACAGCCGAAGGACGACAACGGAGCUGCCAUCGAAAGCUACAUCGUCGAGAAGAAAGAUCGAUACAGUACAACUUGGUCCCGGGUAACCGAUGUUGGAGCGGAGACCAUGAAAUUCACGGUGCGGUCACUGACGCUCGGCACCGAGUACGAAUUCAGGGUGACCGCGGUCAACAAGGCAGGACCUGGUUCACCCAGUGAAGCAACAAAGGCGGUCACUAUCAAGCCUACAAACGUUGCACCAAAGAUUGAGUCAGGAAGUCUGCGUGACGUUAUCGUUAGAGUUGGGCAGAUCUUCACGCUACACGCAGCAUUCACGGGAGAGCCUGCCCCCGGGGUUACAUGGACAGCGAAUGGCGACAAGGUCGGCGAAACUGCCGACAUGGAGAUCCACACCACGGACAGCACGUCUGAUUUAGAGAACAAGAAAGCCAAGCGUGCAGACACCGGCUCCUACACCGUCACCGUGAAGAACGCGGCCGGCAGCGUGUCGGCGUCUGCCACCGUCACCGUCACCGACAAACCGUCCCCACCAGAGGCGCCACUAGACGUGUCAGACGUCACCAGCGACAGCGUGACGCUGGCAUGGAAGGCGCCGAAGGACGAUGGCGGAUCUCCUCUAGUGGCCUACACUGUGGAGAAGCGCGUCACUGGCAAGGACUGGUCAAACGUGAGCAGCUUCGUGCAGGGCACUACGUUCACCGUGCCCAAGCUAAAGCAGGGCACCGAGUACGAGUUCCGCGUGAUGGCCGAGAACAAGGACGGACUGUCCAAGCCGCUAGUCUCACAGCCGGUUGUCGCCAAGAACCCAUACGAUGAGCCCCUAUCACCCGGAAAACCCGACAUAGUAAGCCACGACGACCAUCACGUCGAGAUCACGUGGACAGCUCCGGACAACGAUGGCGGCAGUCCGAUUACUGGCUACGAGGUGGAGAGGAAGGAAGCGAGCAGCACUAAGUGGAUCAAGGUCAACAAGACGCCGGUUAAGGAUCUCAAGUACAACGACGAGAAAGUGACAAUAGGGCUGGAGUAUCAGUACCGCGUAGUAGCUGUCAAUGCUGCAGGACUCAGUCCUCCCAGCCACCCAUCCAAGUCCGUAGUUGCCAAGCCUCCAUUUACACCACCACACAAGCCUGGUCCUCCAAAGAUUGAAGAUUUCGAUCAAGACUUUGUCGAGUUGAGCUGGACCGUUCCAGUUAACGACGGUGGCGCCCCGAUCACCGACUACAUCAUCGAGAAGAAGGACAAAAUCGUCAUCCAUUGGAGCAAGUCUGCCCGCGUAUCAGCAGACGAGCUACGCGUGAAGCUUACUGAUGUUCAGGAAGGCACGACGUACGAGUUCAGAGUGACUGCAGUUAACAAGGCCGGUCCCGGCGAGCCCAGUGACUCGUCCAAACCCAUCCUCAUUAAACCCAAGUUCUCUGUGCCAAAGAUCAACAAAAUUGGCAUGGAAGACAAGAAGAUUAAGGUCGGACAGGCUAUUGACUACGAGGUGCUUAUCAGUGGCGAGCCCACGCCGGAGGUGACCUGGACUAUCAAUGGCAACAAGGUAGUCAAAUCGCUGGCAACGCAGAUCAAGAGCACGGACACUACGGCAAAGUUGCUGACACCGAAAGCAGAGAGGAGUGAUGGUGGGCAGUACACGUUGACAUUGAAGAACCAGGCAGGAACUGACUCUUGCACUGUGACCGUAACUGUCGUUGAUAAGCCAGCCCAGCCGAAGGGACCACUGGAAGUGUUUGACGUUGCCGAGGAGACGUGCACCAUCAGGUGGCGCACCCCGAGCGACGACGGUGGCUCCCCCAUUAUGCACUACAGCAUUGAAAAGAUGGACGUGGCAAGAAACGUGUGGCAGCCGGUAGAGGACACGAUGGAACUGAGCAUCGGCGUGACGGGCCUGCAGGCCAAGCACGAAUACCACUUCAGAGUGAAAGCAGUCAACAAGAUCGGCGAGUCGGACGCGCUGCAGACACCCAAACCCGUCCUCGCGAAAAACCCGUUCGAUCCUCCCGGAGCUCCCGGCCAACCGCAGGUGCUUGACUGGGACACCGACCACGUCGACAUUAGCUGGACGCCACCGCAGAGAGACGGCGGCGCUCCGAUCACUGGCUACAUCGUACGAAAGAAGGACAAGUACUCAUUCGACUUCAGCAAGGUGUUCGAGGUGCCUGGAGAUCAGCUGAAGGCCACCAUGCCGAGCCUGUCCGAGAACAAAGAGUAUCUGUUCCAGGUUGUGGCCGUCAACAAGGCGGGACCCGGCGAACCGAGCGAGCCCUCGAAGCCAGUCAUCACUAAACCCAGAUACAUUUCGCCGGCGAUAGACAAGCUUGGACUGCGUGACAUGCGCGUGAGGGUUGGCCAGCCCAUCAACAUCAACGUGCGCUUCAACGGCGAGCCGGCACCCGAGGCCACGUGGAGCAUAAAUGGCAAGACGGUGACGCUAUCUGACCGCACAUCUAUCGACAACUCGGACCAGACAACGACGAAGCUGGAGACUCGCAAGAGCGUGAGAGCAGACAGCGGCAAAUACGUGCUGACGAUCAAGAACUCGUCCGGUAGCGACAGCGCCGGUCUCACCGUCACCGUCGUUGACAUACCCUCGCCACCAGAAGGUCCGCUAAACGUGUCUAACGUCACCAACGAGAGCUGCGUUCUCACGUGGAAGAGGUCGCUAGAUGACGGAGGAGCAGAGAUCAUACACUACAACGUGUCACGCAUGGACACCAGACGCGCCACGUGGGUCGAGGUUGGUCACACGGCCGACCUGACGAUGCCCGUGCCCAAGCUCGAGGCGAACAAACAGUACAUGUUCAAAGUUCGAGCUGUCAACUCUGAGGGCGAGUCGGAGCCACUGGUCACCGAGAAGCCGACACUUGCCAAGAACCCGUACGAUCCGCCAAGCGCACCUGGUGCUCCUGUACCAGAAGACUGGGACUCCGACCACGUGGAUCUCGCGUGGAAGCGACCAGAGUCAGACGGUGGCGCCCCCAUCGAGCAUUACAUCAUCGAGAAGAAGGAGAAGUUCAGCCCCAACUGGGCGGUAGCCGUGGAAACGUUCGAAGACAAGUUGUCAGUGACCGUGAGAAACCUGAGACAGGGAACAGACUACGAGUUCCGCGUGAAGGCCGUGAACAAGGCCGGCACUGGCGAACCUAGUCAACCGUCAAAGACCGUGACUGCCAAGCCGAGAUUCAUCGAACCAAAGAUCAACAGCAUGGGACUGAGAGACCUUAAGAUAAAGGUCGGGCAGAAGUACUCGCUCGAGGCACCUUACGUCGGCGAGCCGACUCCUGACGUCAAGUGGACGAUCAACGGCACGGUGGUGUCGACCGUCGGCCGUCACUCCGUCAGCACAACGUCGGAGUCGACAGUGUUCAACAACAAUAACGCCGAGCGACGGGACAGCGGCAUGCAUACACUGACGAUCAGCAACGAGAAGGGUCACGACACGGCCUCUUGCACCGUCUCCGUCACUGACGUUCCUGGUGCACCGACUGGCCCCAUGAAGGUGUCGAAUAUAACCAAGGAGAGCUGCAUCGUGAAGUGGGACGCUCCGGAUGAUGAUGGCGGAGCAGAGAUCGUCUCCUAUACAUUGGAGAAGAAAUACGUCGACAAGGAUCAUUGGUCUGUCAUCAACAACUUUGUGCAGGCGACCAACUUUACUGUGACGAAGCUUACCGAAGGAAAAGAAUAUCUGUUCCGCGUGUCUGCAGAGAAUCAGAACGGACUCUCCAAACCCUUGACGCUGGACAAGGCCAUUCUUGCCAAGAACCCUUACAACGAGCCGAGGGCCCCUGGUCGCCCCGACGUCACCGAACAAGACAGAGACCACAUCAGCAUCAAAUGGACGGUGCCAGAGAGCGACGGGGGAAGCCCGAUCACUGGCUACGAUGUGGAGAGGAAGGGAAGAGGCAGCAAGCUCUGGGCGAAGCUCAAUGACAGCCUCGUUAGGGAAUUGACAUUCGCAGACGACACGGUGAUUGACGGGCAUGAGUAUGAGUACCGCGUGUAUGCAGUCAACGCGGCCGGACCGAGUCCUGCUAGCCAUCCAUCCAAGUCCGUUACAGCUAAACCACCGUACGAACCGCCAGGUAGGCCUGGCAGGCCGACGGUUAACGACUUUGACGAAGAUCGCGUGGAUCUAAGCUGGACAGCUCCCGAGACCGACGGUGGCUCCCCCGUUACUGACUACGUCAUCGAGAAGAAGGACAAGUUCUCCUCAAGAUGGACAAAGUCGACUACGGUGCCUGCCUCGCAGCUGAAAGCAACGCUAACUGAUGUAGAGGUAAUGCAAGAGUACCAGUUCCAGAUCAUCGCGGCCAACAAGGCAGGGCCCGGUGAAGCCAGUCUCCCCUCGGAAACAGUUCUCAUCAAGCCAAAGCAUGUCCAACCAAAGAUCACCAAAGUUGCUAUGGAGGAUCUUAAGCUGAAGGUUGGUCAGACGAUCGAGUAUGACAUCCCGUUCGCCGGCGAACCGCCGCCAGAGGCCGUCUGGUCGCUGGAAGGAAACACGUUCUAUGCCGGCAACCGAGUCGUCAUCAAGACAAAGGAUGUCGGCAGCCAUAUCGUCAUCAAAGACUGCCAACGUUCCGACGCUGGCGCCUACAAGUUGACGAUCAAGAACGACAGCGGCACCGACUCUUGCACGGCGACAGUCACUGUCGUGUCGAGGCCCUCGCCACCAAAGGGACCUCUCCAAGUGUACGACGUCAUGGAGGAGAGCUGUACGCUGCGGUGGCAUUAUCCAGAGGACGACGGCGGAGAGAAGGUCUCGCACUAUGCUGUCGAGAAAAAAGACAUCAACCGAGGCGAUUGGUCGGUCGUGGAAGAGACGGGCGAGCUGACGGUCUCUGUCGGCAAACUGCAGGCGAAACACUCGUACGAUUUCAGAGUGAAGGCCGUCAAUAAGAUCGGCGUAUCCGAUCCUCUGCAAACCAAGGAUUCAACACUGGCUAAGAACCCAUACGACCCUCCGGGCCCACCACUGAAGCCAGAGUACGAGGACUGGGACAAAGACCACGUCGACCUUAGCUGGUCACCGCCGCUAAGGGACGGCGGUGCAUCCAUCACUCACUACAUCAUCCAGAAGAAGGACAAGUUCAGCAUAAGCUGGAGCAAGGCGGUGGAGGUGCCGGCGUUGCAGCUAGUGGCGACCAUUGCCGACUUACGGGAGGGCAACGAGUAUCAGUUCCAGGUACUAGCCGUCAACAAGGCUGGUCCUGGAGAGCCCAGCGAGGCCACCAAACCCGUUGUAGCAAAGCCAAGAUACGUACCUCCAACUAUAGACAAGAUAGGAUUACGAGACCUGCGAGUGCGGGUCGGGCAGCCGUUUGCUCUGAACGCACGCGUUGCCGGUGAGCCUACACCAGAGGCUAGCUGGACUGUUAAUGGAAAGUCCCUACCUGGACAUCUGUUCUUCGAGAUAAAGGGUGGAGCAACCAGAGUUGAAUCAAAGAUGUCACAGCGAACAGACAGCGGCAACUACGUGCUCACGGUGAAGAACGACUCGGGAAUGGUGCAAGCAUCCGCAAUGGUCAAGGUCGUCGACAAACCAGCUGUACCGGAGGGACCUCUCUCCGUCUCUGACGUGACGCGAGCGAGCGCAGUGUUGACCUGGAAGAAGCCGCUUGACGACGGUGGCUCCCCCAUCACCUACUACGUCAUCGAGAAGCAGCUGAUAACGCGCAGCACGUGGAUCGAGGCCGGCAAGACUCCCGAGCUCUCCAUGAUGGUGAUGAAACUCGACGCGCUCAAGGAAUUCCACUUCCGCGUGAAGGCCGUCAAUACGGAGGGAGAGUCCGAGCCGCUGGUAACACAGAAGACAACACUGGCUAAGAAUCCGUUCGAUCCACCGGAGGCGCCCGAAUCCCCGACAUAUGACGACUGGGACAAGGACCACGUUGACCUAAUCUGGGUUCGUCCCCGCUUCGAUGGUGGUGCCCCCAUCACCGGCUACGUCAUUGAGAGGAAGGACAAGUUCAGUUCGAUGUGGCUGCACGUCGCCGAGACUGCCGACGAUAGGACAAAAUACACUGCCAAGGGGCUGAACGAGGGCCAGACGUACCAAUUCCGAGUUAUCGCGUUGAAUAAAGCAGGACCGGGCAAGCCCAGCGAAGCGUCGGAGCCAAUCAUUGCCAAACCUCGCUACGUCGCCCCAAAGAUCGUCAAGAAGGCGCUGCGAGACAUAAAGAUCAAGGUCGGACAGAGCUUCAAGUUGGAGGUGCCCUUCGUCGGCGACCCGGUGCCGACCGUCACGUGGAAGGCCGACGACGCCGCCCUGCGCAGCGGCGACCGUUUCGAUAUCCACAACGCCGACGAGCAGACCAUACUUAAUUGCCAGCAGCCGGAGAGAGAGAACACGGGCGUGUACACGCUGAUACUCGAGAACAGCUCCGGCAAAGACACGGCCUCUUGUCACGUGACUGUCACAGAUCGUCCAACACCACCGGAAGGCCCACUAAAUAUCUCAGAUGUAACCAAGGAGAGUUGCACGUUGUCCUGGAAACCACCAAAAGAUGACGGUGGAUCCGAGAUUGUUGCGUAUACAGUUGAUCGUAGGCUCUCUGGUAAAGAACACUGGACGACGGUGAGCAACUUCAUACAGAACACAACCUACACCGUCACCAAGCUGAGCGAGGGAUCAGUGUACGAGUUCAGAGUGACUGCAGAGAAUUCGAAUGGCAGCUCCAAGCCUCUCAACUGUGACGAACCCGUCAAAGCCAAGAACCCGUAUGACGAACCGCGAGCGCCAGGCAGGCCCGACGUGUUACAGCAAGACCGCGAUUUCAUUGAGAUCGCGUGGACGGCACCCGAUGAAGACGGCGGCAGUCGCAUCACAGGCUACAACAUCGAGCGCAAAGAAAUACGCAGCGUCCAGUGGACACUGGCCACUCGAUCGUCUAUCAUGGAACUUCAAUUCAUGGAUAAGAGCGUCAGGGAGGGACUGGAAUAUCAAUAUCGCGUGAUUGCCAACAACGCCCGCCGGACCAGUCCGCCCAGCCAUCCGACCAGAUCUGUUGUUGCCAAGCCACCAUACAAUUCGCCCGAUAAACCCGGAGUUCCUGAGAUCACCGAUUGGGAUGGUCACUUUGUUGACCUUAAGUGGUCGGCACCGCUGAACGACGGUGGCGCCCCCGUGACGGACUACAUCAUCGAGUCCUGCUCCACGAUCAGCAGGCACUGGAACAAGGUGGCAAAGGUUCCAGCGGACGAGACUGCCACCAGGAUCACGAACGUCGAGUCCGGCACCGAGUAUACAUUCAGAGCGACGGCAGUCAACAAGGCGGGGCCAGGCGAGCCCAGCGAUGUAUCGGUUUCUCUGCUCGUGAAGCCGAGAAACGUGCCACCUAAGAUGAACACGAUUGCAAUGGAGGACAUCAAAAUAAAGGUCGGCCAGAGCGUUCAGUUCGAGGUUCCGUUCACGGGAGAGCCAGCUCCGGAGGCCGCCUGGACGUUCAAUGGCUACACGCUGAAGCCUAGCGCUCACGUUAGCGUCUCCACGACAGAGAAGAGCACUCAUCUCAGCAUCAAGAAUGCGACGAGGAGCGAAGACGGCGCGUACGGUCUCACCCUAAGGAACGCAUCCGGGGAGGUCUCCCACUCCGUCUACAUUACUGUCGUCGACAAGCCGUCGCCGCCGCGCGCGCCGGUAGACGUCUACGACGUGACGGCCGACGGUGUCACGCUGCGCUGGAAGCCGCCGGAGACGGACAACGGCGUGCCCGUGUCGCACUACAUCGUCGAGCGGCGCGACGUGACGAGGUCGGACUGGCACAGCGCCGGAGAGUCGGCAGACUGCACGCUGGCCGUCGGCAAGCUGCAGGCGAAGCACUCCUACUUCUUCCGCGUGUCGGCCGUCAACAAGGUGGGCGUGUCCGAGCCGACGCAGACGCGAGACGCGACGCUGGCGAAGAAUCCGUACGAUCCUCCCGGUCCUGCAAACCAGCCAGAGAUCGAAGACUGGGACAAGGAGCAUGUCGUCAUCAGUUGGACUGCACCCAAGAACGACGGCCGCGCCCCCAUCAGCAGCUACAUCAUCGAGAAGAAGGACAAGUUCGGCAUCAACUGGACCAAGGCUCUCGAAGUGCCGGCGUCUCAGCUGAAGGCCUCCGUGCAGAAUCUGAUUGAAAACAAGGAGUACCAGUUCAGAGUGGUGGCAGUGAACAAGGCCGGACCUGGCACACCCAGCGAACCAUCCAGGCUCGUCACUGCCAAGGCUAGAUAUGUUCCGCCGAAGAUAGACAAGCUGGCGUUCCGUGACCUUCGCAUCAAGGUCGGUCAGCCCAUCCGGUUCAGCGUCCGGCUGAACGGAGAACCGAUUCCGGACGUCGAGUGGACGGUGAACGGUCAGUCCGUGCAGCCGUCCUAUACGCAACUGACCGAACGCGAGGCGAAGUUGGAGGUAGCUCGUGCGGUCAGGGAGCACUCCGGAAAGUACACGCUGACAGCGAAGAAUGGGUCUGGCACAGACUCGGUGUCCGCCACCGUCACCGUCGUCGACAAACCAGAGCCACCAGAAGGCCCACUCGCCGUCUCUGACGUCACCAAGACCACGUGCGUGCUGAAAUGGAAGAAGCCACGUGACGACGGUGGGUCUUCCAUCACGCACUACGUCGUAGAGAAGCUGAAUACGACGCGAGGCACGUGGCUAGAGGCUGGCACAAGCCGCGACCUUACCUUCCAAGUGAAGAACCUUGACGCGCUCAAGGAAUUCCACUUCCGCGUGAAGGCCGUCAACUCGGAGGGAGAGUCCGUGCCACUGCAGACGGAGAUGCCGACAUUGGCGAAGAACCCGUACGAUGAGCCAGACGCACCUGGUGCGCCGGAGGCGGAAGACUGGGAUGUUGACCACAUCGACCUCGCGUGGACGAAGCCGAACAGCGACGGUGGCGCCCCCAUCACAAACUACAUCAUCGAGCGCAAGGACAGAUACAGUAGCAGCUUCAGCACGGUCUCUGAGACACUCGAUGACAAGACCUGCUUCACCGUGCGUGGUCUAAGCGAGGGACAGGAGUAUACGUUCAGGGUUAAGGCCGUGAACAAGGCAGGACCGAGUCAACCCAGCGACGCAUCGAAAACCAUUAUUGCCAAGGCGCGAUAUGUUGCGCCUAAGAUCGACAAGCGCAACUUGAACGACGUCAAUAUCAGAGUCGGUCAGUCCCUGAAGUUCAAGGUUCCCUUCGUUGGCGAGCCGACGCCCGAGAUACUGUGGACGCACGAGGGCACCGCCAUGACGCAGUCGAAGCGCGUGUCGAUACUGAACAUGAGCGAUACGAGCGACGUGGACAUUCAUGGCGCCGAGCGUCAAGACAGCGGCGUUUACACGGUGACACUCACCAACGACACUGGUCGCGACUCCGCCUCUAUCAACGUCACCGUGACAGACGUACCUAGCCCACCACGUGGUCCCCUGGAGGUAUCCGACGUCACCAAAGAAUCCGUCACCCUCCGCUGGAACACACCGGAGGAUAACGGUGGCACAGAUAUUGUCUCAUACACGGUUGAGAAGAAAAUCAAAGGAGCGGGCCACUUCUGGGUUGCCGCUAACAAAUUUGUGCAAGGAACCUCCUUCACAGUGACUAAGCUCAACGAGGGAACAGAAUACGAGUUCCGCGUGAUGGCCGAAAAUGCCAACGGACUCUCCGCGUCGUUAGAUACCGACAAACCGGUGAAAGCAAAGAAUCCAUACGAUGAGCCACUGGCUCCGGGUACGCCUGAGAUCAUAGAGCCUGAUAAGACUCACAUCACGAUAGCGUGGGCACCGCCGUCCAAUGAUGGUGGCAGCCCGAUCACCGGCUACAACAUAGAGAGGAAGGAGAGAAUUAGCAGCCGCUGGACACAGGUCAACAAGUCCCCAGUCAAGGAUCUGCAGUACAGAGAUGAAACUGUGAGGGAAGGUCAGGAGUAUCAGUACAGAAUCGUUGCGAUCAAUGCUGCCGGACCCAGUCCGCCAGGCAAUAACUCUCGGCUGGUCGCUGCAAAGCCUCCAUAUGAUCCGCCAGGUGAACCAGGCGCACCGGAAAUCGCCGACUGGGACGAAAACCACGUCGACCUCGUAUGGAAGGUUCCCACAAGCGACGGUGGCGCCCCCAUCACCGCCUACAUCAUCGAGAAGAAGGAAAAGUUUGGCGUGAGCUGGAGCAAGGCUGCGAGCGUACCAGCCGACCAGCUGAGCUCCUCGGUGACGGAUGUCACAAGCGGAACAGAGUACGAGUUCAGAAUCCUGGCGGUCAACAAGGCAGGACCCGGGAAGCCAAGCUCAUCCUCAUCUCCGAUUCUGGUGAAGCCCAGAUACGUAAUACCCAAGAUCUACAAGAAUGUGAUGACAGACCAGAACCUGAAGGUAGGACAGACGCUAGAGUUUGAGGUUCCCAUUAGCGGCGAGCCCGCACCAGAGGUCGCCUGGAGUUUGAAUGGCAGGACGAUACAGCCGAGUAAGAGAGUCACUAUCGCCAACGUCGAGGGCAAGGCUAGGAUCAUCAUUAAACCAGUGGAGGCGAACGAUGCCGGAGCGUACACGCUCACCUUAACAAAUGGAUCGGGUACCGAUUCGCACUCCGCCGAUGUCAUUGUCAGAGACAAACCGUCGCCGCCUCGCGGACCGCUCGACGUGCGUGACGUCAUGGAGGACAGCUGCACGAUCUCGUGGAGGGCUCCCGAGAGCGACGGAGGAGAGAAGAUCACGCACUACCUCGUCGAGCAGCGCGAUCUCGCGCACAGAGAGUGGCAGACGGUGGAGCAGACGAACGAGCUGACGCUGGGCAUCCAGAAGCUGCAGGCGAAGCACAGCUACCAGUUCCGCGUGAGGGCAGUCAACAAGGUCGGCCAGUCCGAGGCGCUGGACACGAAGAGCGCGACGCUGGCGAAGAACCCGUACGAUCCACCCGGCAAACCCGACGCGCCCGUGAUAGAUGACUGGGACAAGGACCACAUCGACAUUAGCUGGACCGCGCCUAGGAGUGACGGAGGUGCUCCGAUCACGAGCUACCUCAUCGAGAAAAGAGACAAGUUCGUAAUCAAAUGGGCGUCGGCUGUCGAGGUUCCUGCCGAUCAGAGAAAGGUCACGAUUUCUCAUCUAAUUGAGAACAAGGAAUACCAGUUCAGAGUGACGGCGAUCAACAAGGCAGGUUCUGGCGCGCCGAGCGAAGCGUCUAAGACGGCCAUCGCAAAAUCCAGAUAUGUUGCGCCCAAGAUCGAGAAGGGUGACCUGCGCGAUAUGAGGGUGAAGGUCGGGCAGACGAUAAGUCUCAAGGUGCGCUUCAGUGGUGAGCCGACACCGGAAGUGCACUGGACCGUCAACGGAAUGACGCCAUCUGACCGGGUUACCAUGGAGACGAGGGACACGACGGCUAUAUUUGAACUGACGCCUGCGCAGCGCGGGGACAGCGGCAUGUACACGCUGCACGUGAAGAACAGCUCUGGCCACGAGUCGGUGCAGGCCAACGUUACUGUUGUCGACAAGCCGGACACGCCGCAGGGACCGCUUAACGUGCACGACGUCACCAAAUCUAACGCCGUGCUCACGUGGAGGAAACCGAUCGACGACGGUGGCGCCCACAUCACGCACUACGCCGUCGAGAAGCAGAACACGACGCGCGGCACGUGGACAGAGGCCGGCACGACGUCCGACCUUACGAUCAACGUGCUCAAGCUCGACGCGCUCAAGGAAUACCACUUCCGCGUGAAGGCCGUCAACUCGGAGGGAGAGUCUGCGGUGCUGGUGACCGAGAGACCGGUGCUCGCGAAGAACCCGUAUGGUUCCUGCGCUGGACCGCACCGCGGAGAGACGUUCCGAGACAAGGCUCGCUUCACCGUUCGAAACCUCACCGAGGGUGCAUUAUACCGAGAUAAUGAUCACAGAGGAAUGCGUGACGUUACAUGCAAGUGGGCCAGACAUACCAAGUUCAACGUUUCCUAUGAGGGUGAGCCGAUGCCAGAAAUCACCUGGAGCAAGGACGGAAUUGCUAUACACACGACCGAGAGGCUUGUCGUCACGAAUACCAAGCGUUUCGACUCUAUUAUGACAACUUCAAAGCACAGCGAGGAGACAGUGGAACUUACACGCUCACACUGGUUAACAGCUCGGCCGCGACAGCGCCAACGUGUCUGUUAUGUCCCAUCGCCACCCAAGGGUCCGUUGGUUGUGUCUGACGUCACUAAAGAGACAGUCACUUUGUCGUGGAAGGCACCGGAGGAUGACGGUGGAACUGAUAUUGUCUCGUACACGGUGGAGAAGAGACAAGUGAAGAAGGGAUCGUGGCUGGCCAUCAGCAACUACGCGCAGGGAACCUCGUACACGGUGACGAAGCUGAACGAGCUAGCCGAGUACGACUUCCGGGUCACGGCCGAGAACGCCAACGGCAUGUCGGCGCCGCUGGAGACGGAGGAGCCGACGCUGGUGAAGAACCCGUAUGACGAGCCGCGUGCACCAGGAUGCCCUGAGAUUGACGAUCAGGCAAAGCAUCACAUUACCAUUCACUGGUCGGCGCCCUCAGACGACGGUGGCGCCCCCAUUACUGGCUACGACGUGGAGCGGAAGGAGAAGAUGUCCACACGCUGGAUGAAGGCUAACAAGUUUGUGGUGAAGGAGCUGACCUUCAGGGAUGAGUCUGUUAGCGAAGGACACGAGUAUGAGUACAGAGUCAUCGCAAACAAUGCUGCGGGUCCUAGUCCGCCCAGCCAUGCAUCCCGCUCCGUGUUCGCCAAACUACCGUACGAUCCCCCGAGCAAACCCGGACAACCGAAGAUACUCGACUGGGACGAGGGUCACGUUGAGUUGUCGUGGACGGCGCCGGACAGCGACGGUGGAUCGCCGAUUUCCGGCUACAUGGUCGGCAAGAAGGACAAGUUCAGCGCGUCGUGGACGAAGGCGCUGACACUUCCGGCUACGGCACUCAAGGCUUCCGUCGACGGACUGGACACGGGUUCGGAGUACGAGUUCCGUGUGAUGGCGGUCAACAAGGCCGGACCCGGUGAACCCAGCCUGCCGUCCGCGCCCGUACUGGUCAAGGCUAGAUACGUUGCACCGAAGAUUGGCAAAAUGGCGAUGGAGGAUAAGCAGCUUAAGGUUGGCCAGAUCCUGUCGUUUGAGGUUCCUAUCAGUGGAGAACCAGCACCAGACGUGUUGUGGACACUUAACGACAGCAAGAUCCGCUUGACAGACGGCGUCUCUAUCAAGACGACCGAUGACAAGACGAUAGUGACUGUGAAACGGGUAGAGCGCAGUCACGCUGGUACCUACAGACUGCAGGUGAAAAACGACUCCGGUACCGACGAGUGCAGCGUCACUGUCACGGUGAAAGACAAACCGUCGACGCCACGCGGACCGCUCGAGGUGCGUGACGUCAUGGAGGACAGCUGCACGCUGACGUGGAAGGCUCCCGAAGACGACGGCGGCGACAGGAUCGCGCACUACGUCGUCGAGUCACGCGACAUGACGUCGCUGCACGGCGACUGGCACGUCGUCCAGGAGGCGACGUCGACGUCCACGACCGUCACUCGUCUGCAGGCGAAGCACAGCUAUCACUUCCGGGUCAGGGCCAUCAACAAGAUCGGCACGUCCGAUGCUCUGCAGACGACGCAGUCGACACUGGCGAAGAAUCCGUACGACGAACCAGACAGACCCGGCAAGCCAGAGGUGGAAGACUGGGAUACUGACCACGUCGACCUCAGCUGGACGGCACCGAUCAAAGAUGGUGGCGCCCCCAUCACCGGCUACGUCAUCGAGAAGAAGGACAAGUUUAGCAUUAGCUGGAGCAAGGCUGUGGAGGUCCCGGCCGCUCAAUGUCGUGGCACAGUGUCUGGCCUUAUCGAAAAUAAGGAGUAUGAGUUCCGCGUCAUUGCGGUCAACAAGGGUGGACCGAGUCUGCCGAGCGAGUCAUCCAGACAAGUCGUUGCCAAAGCCAGAUAUGUCGCGCCCCAGAUUAACAAGGGUGACAUGCGAGAUCUACGUGUCAAGGUCGGACAAGACUUUACCGUGCAGGUGCACAUCAGUGGUGAACCAGCGCCGGACGUCGAAUGGAGCGUCGAGGGAACUGUACUCAAAUCAGACCAGAAAACGGACAUAACAACAACGGAAGAAUGGACGAAGUUAACAGUUAGAAGGGCGACGAGAGAGCAUAGCGGACGAUGCGUACUCAAGGUGAAAAACAGCUCUGGCACAGACAGCGCACAGUGCACUAUCAAGGUUGUCGACAAGUCGUCGCCACCCGAAGGACCACUCCGCGUCGCCGACGUCACAAAGAACAGCGUUCACCUGACGUGGAACAAGCCAAAGGAUGACGGCGGCGCUGAGGUGGGUAGCUACCGAGUCGAGAAGAUGGACGUUCAGCGCGGCAGCUGGAUAGACGUCGGCACGACCAGCGCCACCUCCUACAAAGUCGCCAAGCUCGACGCGCUCAAGGAAUACCACUUCCGCGUGAAGGCGAUCAACUCGGAGGGAGAGUCUGAGCCGCUGCAGACGGAGAAGUCUACAUUAGCGAAGAACCCGUAUGAUGAGCCAGAGGCACCUGGAAAGCCAGUGCCAGAGGAUUGGGAUAGGAACCACGUUGAGCUAACAUGGGACAAGCCGAAGAGCGAUGGUGGUGCGCCUAUCACCAGCUAUAUCGUCGAGAAGAAGGACAAGUUCACUGGCUGGACCACCGCGGGAGAGACGUUCGAGGACAAGGCUCGCUUCACCGUUCGAAACCUCACCGAGGGCGUGCAGUACGAGUUCAGAGUCGUGGCCGUGAACAAGGCGGGCCACAGCGCGCCGAGCGAGACUUCGGUGCCCGUUAUUGCCAAGCCCAGAUUCCUUAUACCGAAGAUCGAUCACAGAGGCAUGCGUGACGUUACAUGCAAGGUGGGCCAGACAUACCAGUUCAACGUUUCCUAUGAGGGUGAGCCGAUGCCAGAAAUCACCUGGAGCAAGGACGGAAUUGCUAUACACACGACCGAGAGGCUUGUCGUCACGAAUACCAGCGUUUCGACUCUAUUUGACAACUUCAAAGCACAGCGAGGAGACAGUGGAACUUACACGCUGACACUGGUUAACAGCUCCGGCCGCGACAGCGCCAACGUGUCUGUCGUAGUGACAGGUCUAUGUCCACGAUUCGCCACCAAGGCGUCGUAUGGUUGUGUCGACGUCACUAAAGAGACAGUCACUUCUGUUCGUUGGAUAGGCACGCGGAGAUCGACGGUUACAAAGUUGACACCUAAAGCUGAAUACAACUUCAGAGUGAAGGCAGUCAACAGGAUAGGCGAAUCUGAUGCUUUGCAGACCAGGCAGGCAACCAUAGCCAAGAAUCCAUUCGACGAGCCAGAUAAACCGAGCGCACCCGAAGUCGUUGACUGGGAUGUGGACUUCGUCAAACUCAGCUGGAAACCACCUACACGAGAUGGUGGCUCGCCUAUCGUAGGCUACGUCAUCGUUCGGAAGGACAAGUACAGUAUCGGAUGGACUAAAGUCACAGAGGUGCCAGCACCUGAGACAAUGGCGACCAUCAGCCACCUGAAAGACAACAUGGAGUAUCAAUUCAGGAUAAUCGCUGUCAACAAGGCUGGGCCAAGCGAGCCUAGUGACCCAUCGCGCCAGAUCAGCUGCAAGUCUCGAUAUGGCGAGCCGGCACCGGACGUCACGUGGUCGUUCAACCACUUCCCUCUGAGCAGCGAUCACGCGAGCGAGCGCAGUCGCACGGACGCGAGCGCCGACCUGCGCAUCAGGCGAGCGGAGCGCAGCGAUGCCGGUGUCUACACGAUCACGGUGAAGAACGACACGGGAACGGACUCCGCCAGCGCCUCCGUCAUCGUCGUCGGCAAACCCUCUACACCUGAGGGCCCACUAGAUAUCACCGAUGUGACGAAGAGCUCAGUCAACCUACGUUGGCGCCUCCAGCGGACAGUGGACCUCGUCCGUGGCACAUGGACCGAGGCCGGCAGGGGAAACUCUUGCCAGCUGAAGGUGGGGAAGCUCGAUAACAACAAGGAGUACCUGUUCCGCGUGAGGGCUGUCAACUCAGAGGGAGAGUCGGAGCCGCUGGUGGCGAAGGCUCCGAUCCUAGCCAAGAACCCAUACGACGAGCCGGAUCCACCGGGCGCUCCUGAGAUCGUAGACUGGGGUGCUAACCACGCCGACCUCAAGUGGACACCUCCCAAGCACGACGGAGGCACGCCUCUCACCGGCUACAGCGUGGAGAAGAAAGAUAAAUACAGCGCCGGAUGGAACAAGUCUCUCGACACUCCUCCGUCGCACACACACGGCACCGUGCGCGGGCUGAGAGAGAACCUAGAGUAUCAGUUCCGUGUAAAGGCCGUCAACAUCGCUGGACCAAGUGCUCCGAGCGAGUCAACGCGCACCCUGGUGGCCAAGCCCCGAUACCUCGCGCCGUCGAUCGAGCGCGGUGCGAUGCGCAGCAUCAAGCUGAAGGUCGGACAGCCGUUCACGCUGUCGGUGCCGUACGCCGCCGAGCCCGAGCCCGAGGUGACAUGGAGCAGGGACGGAGAGACGGUCGCCGCCUCGGACACGGUCAGCGUCAUGCAGGUGACCAACUCGGCCUCGCUGCAGAAUACGAGCGCCCGCAGGACGGACUCCGGCACGUACACGGUGGCUCUGGUCAACAGCAGCGGUCGCGAGACGGCGUCUGCGACCGUCACGGUGACAGAUCGACCUAGCAAGCCCAUAGCACCGCUGGUCGUCUCUGACGUCACCAAGGAAACUGUUGUUCUCUCUUGGAAAGCGCCGGAAGACGAUGGCGGCGAACCAAUCACUGCAUACACGGUCGAGAUAAAGGACACGAAGAAGUCUAGCUGGACAACGGUCAGCAAGACGGUCAGCACCACCACCUACCAGGUGACCCGACUGACGGAGAAAGCUCAGUACGACUUCCGGGUCACGGCCGAGAACAUUUGUGGGUUGAGCGAACCCCUCACCACCACAGAACCAAUGCUCGUGAAAAACCCAUUCGACGAACCCCAGAAACCGGGAAGACCUUCCAUCAAAGAGGCUGACACGAAUCGAAUGGAUAUCGUAUGGACGCCACCUUCCAGCGAUGGAGGAAGCCCCAUCACCGGCUACAGCGUGGAGAGAAAGGACGCCCACAGCGUUCGAUGGGUUAACGUCACAAGACAUCCUAUUAAGGAGCUGGAGUUCUCGGACACUAGCGUGAAGGAGGGAGCGGAGUAUCAAUACAGGAUUAUAGCUAUCAACGCUGCUGGUCCCAGCCAGCCGAGCAGCCCGUCUCACACGGGCGUUGCUAAGCCACCUUACGUUGCACCAGGUCAACCUGGCACCCCACUGAUAGACUUUGUGGAUGAAAGUCACGUGGAGAUAAGUUGGAAAGCACCUAGAGAUGAUGGUGGCGCCCCCAUCCUAAACUACCUGGUGGAAGGCAAAGAAAGGUACGUCUCAUACUGGUCGAAGAUGCUCAACGUGCCAGCAGAUCAUACGAAGGCGUCCAUCUUGGAUGUGGUCGUUGGCAGAUCGUACGUGUAUCGCGUGACGGCCGUCAACAAGGCAGGGCCCGGAGCUCCGAGCGACUCGUCCGAGAGCGUCGAAGUCAAGCCUAAAUUCCUUGCACCCUUCAUCAACAAACACGCCAUGAGCGACAUCAGACUAAAGGUUGGCAAGACGAUUCAGUUCGAAGUACCUAUAGGUGGAGAGCCGCCUCCAGAGGUGACCUGGUCCAUCAAUGGGCAGACAGUUAGCCCUUCACUGAGAACGUCCGUAAAAACUACCGACAAGUCUACGACCUUUGUCACGAAACUGGCAGAGAGAGCAGACAGUGGGGCGUAUACACUUACAGUGAAGAACGAUUCUGGAACGGAAAGUCACAGCGCUAAGGUCACCGUUUUGGGCAAACCGUCGAAGCCUCAGGGUCCGCUAGACGUCUGCGAUGUUACUCCCGAGACGGUAAUGUUGCUAUGGAGACCACCCGAGGAUAAUGGUGGCACUAAGAUCAAAAACUACCUCGUGGAGAAGUGUGACGUUGCACGCGGCCACUGGCAGCGGGUCGGGGAUACGAACGAGUGUACGAUCCAGGAUGUCCGGCAUGGGCUCGCCGACGAACGGCACGUCGAGGUAGAACGACUGGCCGGCGCGCACGCGGACGUCCGGCAGGAUGGCCUUGCCGACCUUGGGCGCGACUGCGGUGAAGAUGCAUGCAGACUCGCGCCCAAGGUCGGCAAGGCCAUCCUGCCGGACGUCCGCGUGCGCGCCGGCCAGUCGUUCUACCUCGACGUGCCGUUCGUCGGCGAGCCCAUGCCGGACAUCCUGUGGAGCAUCGACGGCCAGCCGAUCAGGCUCGACAAGCGUGUCGUCGCCAAGAACAGCGACAGCGAGACGGUGCUCACCAACCACAAGUCGAUGCGCGAGGACUCGGGCACGUACAUGCUCACGCUGAGCAACAGCUCGGGUCAGGACAAGAUCACGUGCAACGUUGCCGUGCUCGACAAGCCCAGCCCGCCACGAGGACCGCUUCAGGUAUCCGAUCUCACCAGCAGCAGCUGCUCGUUGUCGUGGCAACCGCCGGAGGAUGACGGCGGCGCCGAGGUGUCCGCCUACACGGUCGAGAGGCGAGAUUCGAAGAAGGAUCACUGGGUGACGGUCAGCAACUACGUGACAGCUCCCAACUGCAACGUCACUAAGCUGAAGGAGGGCAGGGAGUACGAGUUCCGCGUGAUGGCCGAGAACAUGAACGGCCUCUCAGAGCCGCUGACAACGACGGAGACGGUGCUAGCCAAGAAUCCAUACGACGAGCCGAGUGCUCCCGGAAGACCGGAGAUCAUGUCGUUCAGCAGGACUGCCAUCGAGUUGUCGUGGACGCGGCCUCACAGUGACGGAGGCAGCGCCAUCGUCGGCUACAUGAUCGAGAGGAGAGACACGAAGGGCAACACGUGGAGCGCAGUCACCCGCCAGCCGACACGGGACUGUCGCCACAUGGACAUGACCGUCAGGGACGACUAUACGUACGAGUAUCGCGUGGUGGCAAUCAAUGCUGCCGGACCCAGUCCACCCAGCCAGCCAUCGAAGCCUGCCACAGCCAAGCCGCAGUUCGAGAAGCCCAGACUCUUCAUCUUAUCAAAGGAUAUUCGUCUGCGAGUUGGCGAAGAUCUAAAUCUGAAAAUCGCAAUCACGGGUGCUCCUACACCAGAUGUCGAAUGGAGGAAGAACGGCGAGGUACUGCCCGUGUCUAAUCGGCUUCAGCAAGACGUGGCGGAGACGAGUGUGACGUUGAUGAUACCAAAGACAGAGCGGUCCGACAGCGGCAAAUAUGACGUUAUUCUCACCAACAGCUCCGGCGGCGAUACUGGCCAAAUCAGCGUUCUCGUGCUUGACAAGCCAGGCAUACCCCGAGGUCCGCUAAAGGCGGCAGAAAUCACCAAGAACUCCGUUACUCUUACAUGGCACCCUCCGGAUGACAACGGAGGAAUUGACGUCACUGGCUAUGUCAUCGAGCGUUAUAACGCGAACAGUGGCAAGUGGGCGAGAAUGCCGGGCAGCGUGUCCGUGCCGAAGAUUAACAUUAAGAAGCUGGAGACGAACCACAGCUACUUGUUCCGCGUGCGCGCCGAGAACUUGUACGGCCUCAGCGAGCCGCUAGAGGGCACCAGCUUUGUCGCCAAGAGUCCAUACGACCCGCCAGGACCACCUACUCAACUAGACGUCACCGACUAUGACAUGUACAACGUCAGUCUGAAGUGGAAGGCACCGAAAUCCGAUGGCGGAAACAGUAUCACCGGUUACAUAGUGGAGAAGCACACGGUCGGCUCUUUAGACUGGAUCAAGGCCACUUACAACCCGAUCAAUGCCCUGGAGUACACGGCGUCGGGGCUCGUCCGCAACCAGGAGUACGCGUUCCGCGUGAUGGCCGUCAACGCUGCAGGACCCGGCGAACCAAGCAAGCCGUCACAGAAGGUCGAGACCAGGGUCAAGACAUAUCCACCGGACGCGCCAAGCAACCUCACAGUCGACAAGAUCACAAGACACUCUGUGACACUCUCCUGGGAGAAGCCGAAGAAGGACGGAGGCAGCCGCAUCACGGGUUACUUCGUAGAAAGCAAACGCCGCGGCAAGGAAUGGGCGCAGUCCAAAAGGUACCCCGUGUCCGGAGAAUCGUUCACCGUAUCCAACCUACCAGAGGGCGACGUGUUCAUGUUCCGCGUGUGUGCUGAGAACGAGGCUGGUCACGUGUCCGAACCGUGCAGGCCUACAAGUAACAUCGAAAUCGUCGAUCAGCCCGAAACGCCAAGGAUCGAUCGCUCUUCGCUGAAAGACAUCAAGGUGAAGGCCGGCUAUCCCUUCAGCCUGGACCUGUUCUACAGCGGAACGCCCAGGCCGGAGGUGGAGUGGCACUUCUGCGGCUCACACAUCCUAUCGACGGGCCAGUGCGAGAUUCGCACCGACGACCUGUCGACGCACCUGACAGUGCAUAGCGCCAAGCGUGGCGACAGGGGACAGUACGCCGUGCAUCUACACAACGACUCCGGCAGGGACUCGGCUGAGUGCAACGUCACGGUCAUCGACGUGCCAGCUGCACCCGAUGGACCGCUGCACGUGUCGGACGUUACGAAGACCAGUUGUGUGCUGUCGUGGAAAAAGCCCAAGGAUGACGGCGGUUCCGACAUUACUUCCUACGUUGUGGAAAUGAAACGAGCGAAGAAGGAAACGUGGACCGGAGUGAGUAACUACGUGUCCGACACCUCGCAUAAGGUGACCAAGCUGAAGCCAGGCGUCAAGUACGACUUCAGAGUGAUGGCAGAGAACAUCAACGGUUUAUCGGAGCCGCUGGCCACGGAGAAAGCGACGUUGGCAAAGAACCCAUACGAGGAGCCUAAAGCACCAGGGAAGCCAGAGAUUGUUAGCUUUGACAAGACUUUCAUUUCAUUGGAAUGGACAGCACCAAAGAGCGAUGGCGGCAGCCCCAUUCUGGGCUACACAAUUGAACGCAAGGACAAGAAGGGCGUUGCCUGGACAUUCAUAAGCAGAUCCCCGCAAAAGGAAUGUGAUUAUAGAGAUGAGAACGUGCGUGAAAGAUGCGACUACAUGUACCGAGUAUAUGCCGUGAACGCGGCAGGCCCCAGCCCGCCUAGCGAGCCUUCAAUUCACGUCACCGCAAAACCAGAGUUCGAGAAGCCGCAGAUUCAUCUGGAUGCUGUGCUCGGCAAGGACAUCAAGGUGCGCGCAGGCGACCCGAUCGACCUCAGCGUUCGCAUCUCCGGCUCUCCGGCUCCCAAGGUCACCUGGCAGAAGGAUGGAGCGACCAUGCGCAAUACGGAGCGCGUGACGAUCAACGUCGGCGAGACGUACGCUAAGAUGUACAUCAGCCCCGCGCAGCGCGACGACACCGCCCCCUACCAGCUAACGAUCGAGAACAGUCAGGGCAAGGAGACGGCUCAGUUCAACGUCAUUGUCGUCGACAAACCCGAAGCUCCGGAAGGACCUCUAACUGCCAGCAAUGUUACGAAGAACACUGUGACACUACACUGGAAGCCACCGGCUGACAACGGUGGUGUCGAUCUCACCGGUUACGUGGUCGAGCGCUACGACAGCAGCCGCGAUCGCUGGACGCGCAUGUCCGGUGUCGUCAGCCACCCGAAGCUGACCAUUAAGAAGCUGCAGCCGAAUGCCAGCUACCUGUUCCGCGUGCGCGGUGAGAACAUCUACGGCAUGGGCGAGCCCCUGGUCGGACAGACCUUCACCGCUAAGGACCCGUACGACCCACCGGGCCCACCGACUACGCCUGACAUCACGGACGUUACGUCAUCAGCAAUCACGAUCCGAUGGAAACCACCACUAAAGGACGGCGGCUCUAAACUCAUAGGCUACACGAUCGAGCGACGCGUGAAGCACAUGAUCGAGUGGACGUCGUGCAACAAGACUCCGCACACGACGUCGACGUACCAGGCGACGGGCCUCAUCGACGGCACGGAGUACGAGUUCCGCGUGACGGCCGUCAACGCUGCAGGGCCAGGAGAACCCAGCCUGCCGUCCAAGCCCGUAGUGGCAAAGAACCCGACGAGUGUACCGGAACCGCCGGUCAACCUGCAGGUAGAGAAGGUUGGAUCUACCUUCGUCACGCUAUCCUGGUACCGACCGCGACGCGAUGGUGGCAGCAAGAAACCGUUCGUCGAGGUGGGUGGACUCAGAGACAUCGUCGUCAAGGCUGGACAGGAAUUCAACAUCACGGUUCCGUACAGCGGCUUCCCGCGGCCGGCGGCCGUCUGGGAGCGGCACGGACAGCAGAUAGAGCGUUCCGAACGCGUCAUCAUGGAGAUGACGGGUACGGAGUGCAUUCUGGACACGAUUCGCGCCGAGGGAGGAGACAGCGGCUCGUACCGCCUCACGCUCACCAACCCGUCCGGCUCACACAACGUCAGCGUCAACGUGACCGUGCUGGACCGACCAGGCCCGCCCGAGGCGCCGCUCAGAGUCACCGACAUCGAUGCCGACGGCUGCACGCUGUCAUGGAUGCCGCCGCGCGAGGACGGAGGAGAUCGGGUUUCGAGCUACACGGUUGAGAAGAGGGAGGGUUACGGCGAGUGGACGAAGGUGAGCAGCUUCGUCGCGGACACGGUGUGCCGCGCGCGCAGCCUCAAGACGGGCGCGCAGUACGAGUUCAGCGUGCGCGCAGAGAACAGCUACGGCAUCAGCGACCGCCUCGUCACCGACAAGCUCGUCGAGAUCAGGAGUCCUUACGACCCGCCGAGCGCCCCUAGCGUUCCCACUGUCGUCGACACCACCGAUGACUCCAUCACUGCUAAGUGGCAGCGACCUCGCAAAGAUGGCGGAUCGCCCAUCGCUGGCUACGUGCUCGAGUUCCGCAAGGUCGGCACGGAUGCGUGGGGUCGGGCCGCUUCUUAUCUUAUACCGGACACCGAGUUCAGGGUGAUCAACCUGGCAAUAAACAACAAGUAUGAGUUCCGCGUGCGCGCUGUGAACAACGCCAGCCUGGAGGGAGACUGGAGCGACGUGUCUGAACCCAUCGCCGCCACGCCCAGACCACGUGCGCCGAAGAUCAGAAUGGAGUUGUCAAUGAGAGACAUGCUGGUGAAGGCGGGAGAGGAAUAUAAGAUAGCGAUUCCUUACAUCGGACGUCCCACGCCAAAGGCUCACUGGUCACAGAAUGGUCUGGAGGUGCGUGCGAGCGAGCGCAUAGAGUUUGACGUGACUGAGGAGCUGGCGAUACUGAUCAACCACUCUGCGCGACGCGACGACGCCGGCAACUACAUGCUGCGGCUGCAGAACGACGUCGGCGUCGACUCCGGAAACCUGAAGCUCACAGUUGUCGAUCGGCCGGGACCGCCGGCCGGACCGCUAGAAGUGACGGACGUGAAUCCAGAGUCGUGUUCUCUAUCGUGGCGAGCUCCCACCGACAUCGGUGGCAGCCCCAUCACCAACUACAUUGUCGAGAAGUACGACCAGUCCAUCGAUGACUGGAUCAAGGUUACCAGCUUCGUACACCUGCCAGGCUAUAGUGUUGUUGGCCUAAAGGAGGGCCACGAGUACAAGUUCAGAAUCAUGGCAGAGAAUAAAUAUGGCAUCUCUGAUCCGCUGGAUCUUGACAAGUCUAUCACAGCCAAACACAGAUUCGAUGUACCGAAUGCACCGGGCAAACCAGUCAUCGACGACCACGACGAAAGGUCGGCCAUUCUCGCCUGGGCCGCGCCCGAAUUCGACGGUGGCUCGCCCGUGCAGGGCUACGCCAUCGAGUACCGCAACCCGGGCGACCGCAUCUGGACGAACGCCUUCACGUACCUCGUCGGCGAGCGGCGGGUCGAGGUCGGCAACCUGCAGGACAAGUACCAGUACGAGUUCCGCGUGCUGGCUCGCAACGCGGCCGGCUUCGGCGUACCGAGCGACGUGUCGAGCGCCGUGCUGAUGCGCGCCAAGGAGCAGGCGCCGUCGUCGCCAGGCCAGCCGGAGGUCGUCAAGUGCGGCAACACGUACGUCGACCUGCGCUGGGACGAGCCGCGCACGGACGGCGGCAGCGUCAUAACGGGAUACUUCGUCGAGCGACGAGAGAUCGUGUCGGCGGCGUCGAUUCGCGCCCGCUCCGGCAUGGAAGGACGUCGGCAGUCGGCGCUCGCGGAGGUCCGUCGGCAGUCGGGCGCCGAGGCUCGUCGGCAGUCGGGCGUCGAGGGACGACGACAGUCAUCGAUGGCGUCGACCGAGAGCCACUACUCGACGUACAGCUCCAGCUACCUGUACAAGUCGUCGGCGCGCCACGUCGAGUCGUCCUACUCGGCGAUCUGGAUUCGCGACAACGAGAAUCUCAUCACGCACAACUUCAUCACCGUCACCAACCUGCCGCGCGAGUCCGAGUACGAGUUCAGAGUGACGGCAUGCAACGCGGUCGGCAACAGCGACCCGAGUCCGAGCACCGGUGCCGUCAAGGUCAAGGAAGUCAUCGUACCAGAGUCACCCACGAUCACCAAGCGGCUAAGUAACAAACUGACAGGCCUUCGUAAGGCAGUCAGGCUACAGUGCAAGGCAACAGGCACGCCACCGCCACAGGCUCGAUGGUAUAGGAACGGUAUCGAGGUGGUUCCCGGUAACCGCGUACAGAUGUUGUGCGACGGCGACACCUACACGCUACGCCUGAACGAGGUGUGGGAGGUGGACGAGGGCGAGUACACGUGCGAGCUGAAGAACCAGGCUGGAUCCGAGUCGACCACCUGCAAGCUCACGAUAACAUCUCCACCGAAGAUCCACCAGCAUCCGGGCGACGUCACGUUCCGCGUCAGCGACCUCAUCAAGGUCAAGGUCUUCUUCAUGGGCACGGCGCCGAUCACCGUCAAGUUCGACAAGGACACCGAGCGGCUCGUCGAGAGCGACCGCGUCAAGUACGCCAUCUUCGACGACUACGUGCUGCUGUCGAUACACGCGGCCGAGCGCGGCGACGGCGGCGACUACACGAUGACGCUGACCAACGAGAGUGGCUUCGCCAGCACGGGCUUCAACAUCCGCGUGCUCGGACCCCCCAGCCCGCCCGUCGGCCCACUUCACGUGUUUGACGUCACCAAACACAUGGCGACACUCGCGUGGAAGCCGUCGAAGAACGACGGCGGCAGCAAGGUGACGCACUACUGCGUCGAGCGGCGCGAAGAGGGCAAGGAGGCGUGGACGGUCGCCGCCACCUACUGCAAGGACACGACCUUCACCGUGCAGGGCCUCACCGAGAACCGAGUCUACGAGUUCCGCGUCAGCUCCUGCAACGAUAGCGGCCAGAGCGAGCCGCUCGUCGGUGCAAAUACGGUCGUCGCUAAGCUGCCGUUUAAUGCACCGGAUGCCCCGGGCGUGCCGGAGAUAGCGCAGGUGGGCGGAGAUUUCGUCAGCCUCACCUGGGACAGGCCUUCGUCUGAUGGCGGGGGCAGACUGCAAGGCUACUUCGUUGAGAAGCGCGAGGUCGGAGCGGAGAGCUUCGUACGCUGCAACCAGGAGCGAUCGAAGCCGACCAUCUUCAACGUUCACAACCUCAUCGAGGAUCGGCAAUACGAGUUCCGCGUGUACGCUGUCAACGAGGCAGGCCUCAGCGAGCCAUCAUCCAACUCGACCACGGUCAGAGUGAAGGACCCCAAAGCUCCACAGCUGCCCGAGUUCACUAUUCACCUGAAGGACGUCGUAGCGACGCAGGGCCGCGACGCGACGUUCGAGUGCGAGGUGUUCGCCUCCGACGACACGCAGAUGCACUGGUUCAAGGGCACGCGCGAGAUCUUCAACGGCAUAAAGUUCAAGAUCUUCCGGGAGACCUACAAGCACGUGCUCGUCGUCGUCGACGUGUUCGGAGAGGAUGCCGACGAGUACGUGUGCCGCGCCGUCAACAAGGCCGGGUCACGUGCCUCGCGCGCUGACCUUAUCAUAAAGACCGCUCCGCAGAUCGUCAUGCCGCCGCGCUUCAAGGAGGUGGCGCUGUUCGAGAAGGCGGAGACGGUGGUUGUGAAGAUUCCCUUCACUGGCUUCCCGCGACCCGACGCCUGGUGGACACACAAGGGCGAGGAGAUGGAGAACACGGACAAGUACCACAUUGAGAUCGAGGAGCGCCACGCCGUGCUAACUAUCAGGGAAACGACAAGAGAAGACACGGGUAUCUACAGACUGAUUCUCGAGAAUGACAUCGGCAGUGAUACAGCUGCGAUUAAGAUUCAGAUCAAUGACCGACCGAGUGCGCCACGUUUCCCUCUCGUGGAGAACAUUCGCGAUACGUCGGUGACGCUGUCCUGGAAGCCGCCGAUCAGCGACGGAGGCAGCUUCAUCACGGAGUACAUCAUCGAGGUGCUAGAGCUUCCCAGGGAACACUGGAUACGCAUCGCCAACACCAGGCUGACCCAUCACACGAUCCUGAACCUGCUGCCGAAUCGUCAGUACAUGUUCCGCGUGUUCGCUGAGAACUUCUAUGGCAGGAGUGAUCCAUGUGAGGCAACGGCCACCAUCGUCACGCAGGAGCCAGAAGAGUACAGGAAGAGAAAGACCUACAUGGAAGAUGAGUUUGGCAGGCGUAUCAGAGGCAGAGGUUCUCCACUGUCGAACUAUGACCAGUGCGUGUUUGAUUACUACGAGAAAUACAUCCCAAGACCUGUCGACAUUAAAUACGGAGAAAGCAUCUACGACUACUAUGAAAUCCUUGAGGAGAUUGGAGUCGGCGCGUUCGGCGUGGUGCACCGGUGCAUAGAGAAGGCCACCGGUAAUGUGUUCGCCGCCAAGUUCGUCAUGUGUUCGCAUCCGGCCGAAAAGGCGGCCAUACGUCACGAGAUCGACAUGAUGAAUCAGCUGCACCAUCCGAAGCUGCUGCAUCUACACGACGCCUUCGACGAGUACGACGAGAUGGUGCUCAUCGAGGAGUUCGUUGCUGGUGGGGAGCUGUUCGAACGCGUGGCAGACGAGAGCUACAACAUGUGCGAGGCGGAGGUGAUUCACUACAUCACGCAGGUCUGCGAGGGCAUCAAGCACAUGCACGAGAACAACAUCGUCCAUCUCGACCUCAAGCCGGAGAACCUGCUGUGUACGACGCGUCGCAGCACCAAUCUCAAACUCAUCGACUUCGGUCUCGCGGCCAAGCUCAACCCGGACGAUACGGUCAAGGUUUCCAUGGGAACGGCAGACUUCGCCGCGCCGGAGAUCGUCGAGAAUGACCCGGUCGGCUUUUACACGGACAUGUGGGCCGUCGGCGUGCUCGCCUACGUGCUGCUGAGUGGUCUGUCUCCAUUUGCCGGAGACGACGACAUUGAGACGUUAAGGAACAUCAAGCACUGCGAGUGGGAAUACGAUGAGGAGGCCUUCCAGCACAUGUCUGAUGAGGGCAAAGACUUCAUCAGGCGUCUGCUGAUCCAUGACAAGUGGCGUCGAAUGACGGUUCACGACUGCCUCGACCAUCCGUGGUUGAGAGGUGACCUGAAGCACCUGACUAGGAGAAUCCCAGCUGCCCGCUACCGCGCCAUUCUCGAGGCAAUCAAGGCCAGAUACGAGGCAUGGCAAGCGCCCAUCGUGGCGAUGGGCCGCAUGGCUAACUACGGAGCACUGGUGAAACUACGACCGAUGGAGUAUAAGAUCAUCGACACGCGCUUCGAUCGCAGAGAGGCCGCGCCUAGAUUCAUCUACAAACCGCACAGUACGGUGGUGCUCGAAGGACGCGGCGUGCGCUUCGAGUGUUUAAUCAUCGCAGUGUCGCCACCUAUCGUCAGUUGGUACAAGGCGGGCUACGAGAUCAAGCAGAGCGUGAAGCACAUGAAGAAGUACUCGCACAACACGUACGAGCUGAUCGUCAACCGGUGCACGAUGGACGACGCCGGCGAGUACAUCGUCGUCGCGCAAAACUCGUUCGGCAAGCGCGAGGAGACCGUCUUCCUCAACGUGCAGAAGAUGCCUGAGCGGGAGCCGCUGCUGAGACCGCUCAGCCCGCAGCACUACAAACGUCGCCGCACGACGAGAAAGUUCGACCUGUUCGCACUCUCCGAAGAGAACAAGCCCAAGUUCACGUUCCUGCUGCGUCCGCGCUUCAUCCAGGAGGGCCUCAGCUGCAAGCUCAUCUGCACCGUCAGCGGGAUGCCGCGACCGAGCAUACAAUGGUUUAAGGACAAUCGUCCGGUGAGCAGCGAGGACAACAACGCGCUCGAUUAUACCUAUGGCAUCUGCUCUCUGGAGAUGUACGAUCUUCAGCUUCCCAAAAGCGGCGUGUACUCGUGCGUCGCCACUAACGAGCACGGCUCCGAUGAAACGCACUGCAGACUCAUCGUGGAAGCGAGAAAAUACACCCCUCUGCUGUACGCCGGUCUGGAAGCCACCACCAUGGAACAGGUGCAAGCCAUGCAGAAAGAAUCGCCUCCUCUCUCGCCAACAAAGAGGCAGAGGAGACCCAAGUUUGACAGGAUUCCGUCUUUGGAGCCAGUUUACGAGCCACCGUACUUCAAGGAGAAGCUCUUUGAUGUUGAAGUGACGGAUGGUGACUCCGCUCUGCUCAUGUGCCACGUCAAGGGCGUACCCGACCCCGACGUCUACUGGUACAAGGACGGAAAGAUGCUGGCGAGCACGGACAUGAUUGACAUUCAGUACAAACAGGGCGUGUGCACGCUGGGCAUUGUCGAGGUGUUCCCAGAGGACGAGGGAGAGUACACGUGCAAGGCUGUCAACGAAGAGGGCGCUGACCAAACGACGUGCCUCCUCGCUGUCACGGAGGAGCCUCCAGCAAAGUCUGGCCACACCUCCCCCGUACCAGGAUCACCUCUUCGGCCCAAGAAGACAGCGUUCCCCACCGCUCCCGGAGAAGAGAGAGGUCCGUCGUUUGCGCGCCACCUGGAAAGCAAAAACAUCCGCGACGGUGACAAGCUUGUGCUGGAGUGUGAAGUCACAGGAAACCCGCUUCCCGAAACCAUAUGGAUUCACAACGAGAAAGAGAUAGUGGAAACACAGUUCCUAAAGAUAGAGGAGGAUGGAGGGCGUCACCGUCUGGUGAUUGCUGAGGUUUACCCGGAAGAUGCCGGCUCGUACGUCUGCGAGGCGUUCAACGUGAUUGGAGAGUGUGCAACCAGUUCUAGUGUUCAUGUUAAAGGUCCAGAGACAUCGGGCUUGCCGGAGUUCAUGAGCUUCCCACGUUCAGCCACGACUGAAGAGGGCGCUCCUGUCACCUUCUCGUGCGAACUUCGCACGGACAACUGCACAGUGACCUGGAUGAAGGAAGGUCGGGCACUCAAAGACACGGAUCGCUACCGAAUCAGCCAUUCCCAGAGCAGCUCCCGAUUCGAGAUUCUCAAGGUCACGGCUACCGACGAAGGUCGCUUUACUUGCUGCGCGUCCAGUGCGGACGGAACCACCGAGGCGGCCUUCUCUGUCGAAGUCAAGCUAAAGGACAAGAAGUAGAUCACCGUAUUUCAGAUGCAGAACGGCCAGUGUUCUCCCAGUUUGUGUGCUGUUAGUAUAUUAGUAUUGUGUGCCACACGUAGCUUAGAGUCUGCUAGCUUGUAUUCCCAAUCCAGCCGACCUUGGUUGAGAACACAUACCUAAAUUUGCAUCUCUUACGAACAAGUCGAGCGAGCUAAAUUGCAAUAUGGAUUUCGAUGAUGGUAAUAUGAGAUCUGCAUUCUUGUCUGCCUAGUGCGUAAUUUACUGUAAGUUACAUACCAGACGAUCAUGAGAAGUUAACGAAUACGACAUGUCAGCGUCAGCACCAAUGACUAACCAUGUGCCUUAUUAAGAUUCCGUCCAUAAGUAUCUAGUGCUUGAGUGUUUGAGCUUUAAAAUCAGAUCACACUUCCUUGCUCCGAUUAUUUAAUUACUUAUUUAUUAUUAUAAUGUAUAAUUCAUUGUAGACCCCCUACGUCGACUCGGCGUGUGUGUCUUUUUGUUAUGUGCGUAUAAUGCACGUACGUGUUGUUAAUAAUAAGAUAAAAAUUGAAAAAGUUCACGUUGAGUUACAGUCCCACAGUUUGCGUCUCCAUCGUGUUUAUAUCUGGUCGCUGCACCAUCGACGCAUGCAGAUAGGUGGCGCCGGUGAGAACCAUUGUUUUCGCCUUGCUACGGCGGGCAACAUGUAUAGAGGGAUGUUCGUUGCUGAUGAUGUAUAUGCUAGCACGCCCCUUAAAGAAUCCGUUGAUCUGAUAUAGAUAGUCAUUGGUUUUUCUGUACUAGCCCUAGAGUGUCGUUUGCUCUGAUAAUAUCUCAUCUCGGCCGGCGAUGGUUAGAAAAUUGAGCAGAAUUGCGAUGUUAGCACGUCAUUGACGGAGGGUUUGUACGCGUAAAAUGUUUUCAUGUACAUUCGUCGGUCGUCUGUACUGCUUGGAUGCCGUUUAGACGUUCGUAGCACAUGGGUUGUUAUAUUUAACGCGCACGUGUAGUAUGUAGUUUAAAUCAAAGCGAUGCCUUACGUGGAGAAGUGGUGCUGGCGCUUGGGGUGACUGUUGAUUUUGACACGAGAUGAAGCAACGCUGGCAGGUGAGCAAGUGUCAGUGAGUAAAGCUUCUCACCUGUGACUACCGUGGCCUUAUUAACUCUUAGCCAGCAACGGGUUAAAUAAAUAUGGAGCGUGAAAUUUUCGCAGAAAAAUGCGACAAUUGAGCGCGCUUCCAAUGUAUGAAAUAUGAAUAUGCGAUAUAAAGUAAGAGAAUGUCGACUCGAACGUGUCAAGGCUACAGAAACAGGACGUUGCGAUAUCUGCUAUAAAAGAGACACUAGCCACUAACAUAAUGAGGUGUUGCACGCUUAGAGAAGCGUGACGUAUUUUGACCCACGAUUGUCAUGUUGCACGUGACAAUAUUCCUAAUGAGAGGUUAAAGAGGAAAUGACAUUGCCAAGUUCAUUGUGACAAAACCCUACAGUGACGUCCUCUGUUUUGAUUUUAUUUAUUUGUGUGACAAUUCAGUUUUGUGUUAGCUUCAAGUUAUCACAGUGUAUUUGUCUAGUCGGAGAUCUGUACAUUGAAUAUUUUCCUCAAACUCAAAAUUUGUAAUAUUACAUUUGUAUUAUGUCUGAUCGAUCAUUGGUGCUAUUUCUAUCGUAACAAUAACAAAUAUUAUUAUUAUUAUUAA